AUUCAAAGGGAAAGGAUGUCACAGGUCGGGUACAGUGCCAUGUUGAUGUUCACGAUGUUCUCCAAACCAUGAAUGUAAUUGAAAGAUGAGUAAUACCUCAGUAACUGGCUUUGACAACUGGUCCUCAGUUACUGAACAGAACAUAUUUCUUGAUGAUGGUCUCAAAUUUGUGGUCGAAGUUGUUCAACCUCCUCCUGCCUCCACCCAACAAACCUCCUUCGAGGACUGCAUUUCUGAGCAGAAGUUUGAUACUUCUUCAAACGCGGAACUCAGCAAACGCCUUUUGUACACAUGUGCUUUACAGCAUGGCUCCUUUUACAAGUUCUUCAGUUAUCGACAACGUGCUUUAAUCGGCCUAUGGCAGUCAGCAAAAGCCAAGUUAACAAAGUUGUCGUUGAAAAUUUCUCGACCUCCUGCCGCCUCGAAGUUGACAGCAACGGGAGAUAGACAGAAAGGACAACUUGCGAAUGUUUCGUUUUCGUCCCACGUUAGUUUGCUUCUGUUACUUCCAAUUCUACAGUCGCAAAGCCGGACAGAUCCUUCUUUAGCUGGACAGUGUGCAGAACUCUUGUUGCAAUGUCUGCAAGAUUGUGCUCCGAACUCUCUGGCAGCUGAGCCUGUUACUUGCAUCAGAGGUUUAGCAGAUUUGCUCUGCAACUGGUUACAGCAAGGACGUCAAGCAGAAAUUAUCAUUGGAAACCAAAACGUGGCUGGCUGCCAGUUGAAAAGAGAGACCUUAGUGGCAGCUCUCAUUGCAUUAGCCUGUGGAAGGUACUAAUUUGACAAACAAUUAACGCGUGACAGCGGAAAGCCAUGUUAAAACUAUUAAAUAGGAUUGAGCUUAACUGCUCGAGUUUUUUAUGGGCUAAUUGAUAUCCCGGCUUUGUUACUCUAUUUUUCUUAUGAAACCAAAAUGAAUUUGGCAUAUAUAAUGUUCCCAUUUUUAUGGGGCAACUCUUCUGAUAAAUUUGGACUGCCAUUUCGUUCUUAAUCAUAACUAUAACAAAAUUGUCAAGUCUGAUUGGCUAUCAACUGCCCUGAUUUCAGCCUUAAUUGGACAGUUUAAUAGGACAGUACGCGUCAUGCCUAAGUAAUUGGACAGUACGCGCCAUCUCGCGCGCGCUUUUUUUUCACUGCUAGCAAAACAAAAUUUCGAAUUUCUUGUGUUUUGAUUUAAAAAAAUAGUCUAUUAUAUCACAGAUUUUGUUAAAGUUAUUAUUAAUUGGUAACAGAACUUCGUGUCGUCCAAUUUGGUCUGUAAUCAUACUGGUGAUUAAACAAAUCGUACUCCCGCUACGCGGUCGUCCGAUUUUGUUAAUCACUCAUAUGAUUACAGACCGAAUUGGACUCCACCCAGUCCUGUUACCAUUACUAAUACCACAAAGCCAACUCAGGACUCCUACGAUUAUUACUGGGAAACUGUUUUUGUUUUCUUAGAAGUAACAUAUCAUUACCAAUGGCUGUUUUCACACUACAGAUGCAUUAUGGGUCUCAGAUGGAUAAGGUGUUUGUUUGACACAGAUUAUAUGACAGUAAAUCUUUCUGAGGUGGAUAAUCUGCCUCCAGUGUGAAAAUGGCCAAUGAUGAGCAACUGAUUAUACCCCAUGCCCCAUACAUAAGUAAUACCCAGUUGUAGAUCAGGAGUCCUUAAAUCUCUUCCCCUUUUAAUAGCACAUAAAAUCAACUCUCUCUAAGAUGGAAACCUUUCGUAACUGAAAACCUAGAGUCUCUUUAAGGCAAGCACCUGCCAAGAUGGAUACUUGGCACAGGUCCCAAUAGCUUCUGUUGUAAAGAGAGUUGCCAGUACCCUUAUUUUUUGGUGUUAUUUGCACCCCUAUCUCCCUGGGUUAGUUUUUCAGAAGGUAUGUGUCAGUGGACAUGUUGAAUUUAGUUAACAUUGAUCACAAAGAAGAACAAGGAGAGUGAAGACAAAUUUUCAUGUUUUUUUUAUGUGCAACAGUGUUACAUGUAUGUUCCAAAUUGUUAAAGUGGGAUACACUGAAGAGCACACUCAGCAUUGAGUUAAGCAGGUUUAAAAAACACUAUUUAAAUGUUUUUCUAACUGAUCUCAAAAUGUGAAGCAAGCCCAUGUCCCCUUCCAUUUUGUGAGGCAGGUUGGAUGAGAAGUCCAUUAAGUUGAAUGGUGUCAACUCCAUUUCUUUGAAUAUUAAGUUACAUGAUUCACUCAAACAGUGGAUGUAUUGGUCACUUUUCCAUGCCUUCAGUGUUGCAAUUUUUGACACAUGAAGUUUAGAGCAAUAUUUUUGGUUAGCCUUUAAGACUUUUGUUUUUGUUCUUAGUAAUGUAAGGUCUUUACUACUGCUUGAUUUUCAGCUGUCUGUUGUGCCGGGUUAUGUAUAAUAUAUAUAAUAAAUUAUAUUUUUGACAGGCUGUCUAUUCAGUUGUUUGUUCAAGUUCUUGAGGUGCUACAGAGGCAAGUGACUGAGCUUGGCAAACUUCCUGUGGCUACUGUUUUGCGGAAGGCCCUAAGAUAUGAAAAGAAUGGUUCACUGAAUGAUCUGGGCACUCUACAAACUUCUCGUUUUAUCACCAACUGGCAGUUUGAAGUUCCUCUAACCACAGAAUGUAGUGACUCUGCUAGCCGUGACCAGCUGACAAGUCUUGCUUGUGAUGGAAAGUUCCUCUAUGUCGUUAGUGGAACUACUAAAGGUUUGACUAAAAUCGGUACUGGAAAACAUGGAACAUUAAGGUAUGUUUCACAGCCUUCACAAGGCCUCAUUGUUCAUAAGAUGAAUUUAUCAACCGUUAGAUCUCAGUACCAGUGUGAGAUUACACUGUAAAUAUGAUGUUAUAGUUAAGCAGGGAUGUAGCUAAGGAAAAGCUAAGCAGGCUUUUUUAUAAGUCAGGCUGGCUUUUUGACUUAAGGUAUUACAACUGCUAUACAUGUAAAGUCAAAAAAUGAUCAUGCUUAUAAAAUAACUUAUUUGAAAUGCACUCCUGACCUGAACACGAAUUCCAAAAAUGAAGCAUUUUCGUUUAAUAGAAGCAUAGAAAAUGAAGGCCAAAGUUGGUAUCUAAUUGUGCUAUUUUGGAAACAUUAAUAAUCUCGGGGCUGAAAUCCGACGCAAUACUUUCCGUUGUUGACAGAAAUGUUGCAAUUUUCUUUGACAUUGACACGUCGGAUAUCAAUUUUCUGAAAGCUCAAGUCUCGCUUGACAGACUUGUGUAAUUUUUAUUUGGGGAAAUUCUUUAUUUAUUUUAGAAAUAAAUUUUUGAAACGAACAGGUUUAUAGCAGAUCUAGUACCUUAACUGCACCUUCAAAAUCACGUCUCGUGUUUACCACUGGCUCACAUUGCUUUGGAAAACACAAGGUCUUUUUCAGCUAGUGAAAUUAGCUAGCAGCUGACUCUCAGGCUAGGACAUCCCUGGUUAAGAUCAAGUUCUGUCUCUCACCAAAACUCUCACUCCCUCCUGUAGCCCCUCCCUCCUGUAGACCAGCACCUUCAGUAAACCUUUUGUUAAAUAAUAUUGUGGACAAAACUCAGUUUGACUUAGCUUGUUAUGGUAAGUUUUGUGCCAUCUUUAAUGGAGAGCCAUUUAAGUGAUGGAAAACAGUUGCCCAAGAAAAAUCACUGUUUUUAUGGUGGAAUAAGAAAGAAUUCCAAUUUUAUGCUGCUUCAAAGUCUUCUUGGUGGCUGUUGACUCCUACUACUCAAUUUACCUUAACCCUUUAAGCCCCAGUAUCUACAUACAAAUUCUCCAAACAGAUCUCUAUACAUUUCCUUAAAGAAUGAGUUAAGAGAAUUUGUUAAGAGGUCAAGGCAUUUUUACUUAGGUGAUCAUUUUAUUAAUUCUCAUAACUUAUCUGUUGACAAUGUAUGGAUAUUCUUAGGAGAAAAUUGAUCUUGAUCACUAUUGGGACUUAAAGGGUUAAUGUUGUUGAUGAGGGCUUAAAAUGUUCAGCACUUAUUAACUCUUCAAAGAAAUAACUUCAGCAUUAAUUCUAAAUUUUUCUGUUAUUUUAGGGGAGCUGUAUACAAACAUAACAGUGAUCUCAAGGAGGGAUGGCUUGCUAUUGUGCAGUGGCAGCUGUUGUUUCGACCAAAAGAGUUUGACAAAGAACCUGAAAACUUGUGCUAUGUAUUGGACAUGCUUUCUUUGCAGGUAGUGCCAUAUUUUCCUGGACUAAGUAGCCCGUGUAGCUGGCACCAGUUUUUAAAUACAAAGGGAAAAAUUUCAGGGAAGCAUGCAUGUGAGGGAAGAACAAUCAGCACCUGCUAUACAUGUCAUGGUCUGAGUUGUUCAAAGCAAGGCGAGCAUGGUUCAUGCAUCUUUGUGGCUAAGGUUGUCCUUGGCCAAGUCCAGCUUAAUUCCCAUGUCCAGUUAUCCCUUAUUGUGGGUUAACUGCUACAUGUAAUAAAAGAGGAUAUGAGUUGCCAUGGUAACCAAACCUGACUUUGUAUUGAUCACCCCUCAAACAACUUGGCCCCAUAAAACAGGUGAGGUGUGGUUAGUGAGUACUGUUUCUUGUAUUCUUUCCUGAUACAGCUUGUCAUUUCUGUUAAAAUAGGUCAUAAAAACAAUAAAGCUAAAAGAUUCAAACAGUAUGAAGGCUAAUGAGGAGCAAACACCAGAGUGGAAAACUAUGCAAAUGUUAAGUGAUGAGGUCCAUUUGUACUGGCUUUGGACACUUAAAACAUCAGCAGACCUAGCUGUUCAGCAGGAAGGUAGUGGAUUUAGUCUAGAUGGUAAAAAAGUUGAUUUGUUCAUUCAAGAAUUCAAGCUGGAACCAAGCGACAAUGGACCUGAUAUACUGGCUUCCACUUGUGGUGACGCUGUUGUUUUGACAAGGAAGGAAGAGCCAAUAUCGUCUUUGCCAUCUCCGUUACCAGUCAGACUCUCACCCACAACACCACCUGCUGCUCAGAAAGACUUGGAUCGUAAGUUUGGAUUAAUAAAUUUGAGAUGUAAUUUUUAGUGCAACGUUCAUAUACAUCUCAGCUAGUGCGUGAAGCACACUAUGUACAGCAGCUGUAAUUGAAAGAAUAAGAUAAGGGUUAGAUUUAGUUACUUUGUGUUUAACAUGCAUUGUAAAAGAGCAGAGACAUUAAGGGUUAGAUUAGAUCACGGUUGCUCCUUUGCAACUUAUGGAUUCAGCCAAUCAACUCAAAUUUGCCUGCAGCCAUGUCUGGUAAUAAUUUACGCUCACAAUAUUCUGUUAUUUUAUCAAAUGCAAUCAGUGAGUUGCUGGUACACCAUAAGCUGAUUGAUAAUAAACUAUUAAGAUACUGUUGGUGGACUGUUGGUAAAUUGCUGGUCAACAUUCUUUUUUCGGAGCCGUUUUUCACUUUUACCCAGAAUUUUGCUUAAAUGGAUGUCCGUGAAAGUCCUUGAAUUUCAAAAUCAAAAUUUAAGGCCUUUAAAGCUCUUGAAAAACUGCAGUUGCUGCUGGAAAGUCCUUGAAAUUUGUUACUCACUUCAACCAACACAGAUUCUCAAGUGGCCAAUUAUUAAUAUGAUAUAUGUGUUAUAGGCAGAAAACACAACAUAGUUAAAAGAGUAAUAAAAUCCAUUUCUAUUAUAGGUCUUGAUUUUACACUGCAUGGAGUUCUCAAAGAAUGGGAAUUGUGACCUUGAAAGUCCUUGAAAAGUUGUUGAUUUGAAAUGCUCAGCACCAUAAGCUGGGAUUAUAUAUUAUUAUUUGUGUGUUGGUACCAUGCUAGUGUCAUGGCCACAUUUAUACUGAAAGAGACUUUUUCAUGUGCACCUUGUUUACUACUUUUACUCUGUUGUACAUGUAUAUCAAUUUCAGAGAUGGUCAGCUGUGGAUUGUCAUGGCGCACUCUCAAAGAGACAGCCAUGUUCAUCAGUGGUAACAUUCUGGUAAUGGUAGUUCCCCAGAUAACAAUUGGACCAACGUCUCUGUUGCUCUCAUUCAGAGGUCCAAAAGGUAUGACCGUUCAUCUGCUAGUUCUUUUAUUAACCCUCUGAGUCCUGAAAGUGACCAACAGAAAUUUUCUCCUAACCAUGUCAAUAAAUCAUCAAGAGAAAUGGUUAUGAGAAUUAAACAAAUUAUCACUAAAGUGAAAAUUUUUUGAUCUUUUGUCAAAUAAUUUAUUUCUUUCAACUAAUUCCUCAAAGUAACUAUGGAGAUAAGUCUGGAGAAUAGGCCACCAAAGCAGGUUCUAGUUUAUUCAGUCUGUAAUUUUUGCUUCCAAUUGCAGGUCCAAUGAAUUACUGCUUUUCAACCAUCGACGGCUCCUGCGUGAAACAUGAAAGUGUGCUAAACUCACCUAUGCCAAGGUCACAGGAAAUGGUCACCCCAGGUCUUGGUAAGUAAAUUUUAGUCCUUGAUACCCAGCAUCAAGUGCUAAAAUUUACAGUAUACAGUAUGACUGUCCACGUAUAUUUGUAUAGUCUUGAAAAUGAGGAACUGUAGGUUAUUGUAAUAAGAUGCAGAAGUGUGAUAAUUAUCCCAUCACCAGUCUAAUUCCAGAAGACUUCUUUUUUAAAAAAUGAUUGUUGUAUUUUAAACUAUAUCUUACUAGGCAUUUCUUAAUCUAACUGAGCUACAAAUGGCACUGAAUCACCUCUCAAAAUUCCUUCCCGUCUUACACAGCCAGCAAUGAGGACAGUUUCUCAGUUGUGCUGUCUGCAGAGCUGGCUAGGGUCAAUGGGGAUUUUGUGAUUUCAAAAGUCUCCAGUAACUGAUUUAGAUCCUAGUGAAGCCUGAAGAUUUCUGUCGGCUAGGAAAUCCAGUUAAUUAAAAUUUGGUGUUAAACUUUAAGGGAGAAAUUUUGAUUUUUUGUUGUUGUCUGGAGUACUCAACAAUAAUAAAUUAUUAAGAGUGAUCAUCAACAGAAGAGGCAGAAGUCAGUUCUUCACAGUUAAUUAGUAACUAAAGAUGCUUUCUUUAAUGGACGUAAAAUAUUUGUUUUGCAGGUGUGUGCCAGGACUGCAUUAAUGGAAGACUAUGGAGUUAUGAUGGCAAUCACGUUAUCGGGGAAUGGAUAGGAGGUGGAUUUCCAUCAUGCAAUCAAGUAUCACAGCAACUUAAAACUCCCCCAGAAUCUGAAAGUGCAGGUUAGAAAUCCACUUUUUUGUUGUUUUUGUGAAAAUUUCACAGAUAUUUUUUGAUAUAAGAUGCAUGUAUCAAAAAGAAGGGAUAGUAUAAUUUCUUUUAAUGUCCAUGAGCCGAUUAGUGCAUUGAACAAAUGAGGCGCAGCCAAGCCUUUUGAGACCAUCAUCUCGAUAUAAUGCUGUGUAAAGAUAGAGUCCAGUUUUAUCUGCACUCCUGUCAAUACUUAUAAAGCAGGGCUGCUUAUCAUUUACACACACCACUUGGGUGGAUAUCUUGGGCAUAAACAAAAGUAUUAAAACAAUUUGGCAUGGUGGAAGUACUACAAAGUAUAUCCAACUUAGCUGCUGAACAGGCUAACAAGACUAAAAUAAUGCAUCACCUCAAAUCACAGCCCACAUUUUUCUGAACCUUCCCAAAUGGAAUGGCACGAAUGAGCUGAUUUUCCACCAGAAUUUCCCGUGUUUUCAUGUUAAUGGUAAGUACCCCAAAUAACUUUUGGGAUUUUGAUUUUCAUGGUGAAUUGUCAUUUUGUUGUUGACAGUCCAAGAUGUUCUUGACCCACUGGACACUAUAUCAUCAAUUGCGUACCACAUAACAUUCCUCUGUAGAAGGCUUGAUGCCAAAUUACGAGUGGCCUCAACAGAAAAUGAUGACAUUCAUUUGCAUGGCUCUCCUGAUUCACAUGGCAUGAGCCGAAUCUGCAGUGUUCUAAGCACAGCUAUAACUGAAGGGCAGAGACAUGUGACAAUAGCAAUGCUUGCUGCUCUUCAAACUCUUGUAAAGCUAGUUAAGGCAGGCUGGGCUAAGGUAGAGGACAGCGCAGUUAAAGAGACUAAGAGUCUCCUUUGGAAGCUGAUAUACACACCACCUGAUUCUGUUGGACCUGAUGUGCAGCUGGAGGCUUGUAAAGUACUCAAGUCUGCUCUGGAAGUGUUUUAUCCUAGUGUGACAGAGAGGAGUGCUUUGCUGAUGCAGCUGUUUUCUGAGGAGACCUCAGCUCCUGGAAUGGCACAACUUUUGGGCUUACUGCUAACAUACUUAGCAGAGGACAUAUUAAACAGUGAUCCAAGAGUGUCUCUUAAAGCAAGGUAGAUAUUAUGUCCUAGACAUUGUAAAUUUAUGAUUGUCAAAUGUGGAUCAUGCAAUUUAAACAGAAGUUUACUUGUAUCAUUUAAACUUCAUGCAAAUGUGGAUGUAUCAAAAAUUAUUGUAUUAUUGUAUGUAUGAAAUAUACCAGCUAGGCUGUGCAACUGAGUAGCUAUAGCUGUAGGUGUUAGACAAGAAGACCAGAAAUCACCAUGAAGAGUAUUUAGGGUGACUGUAAUCUAAACUACUUUUAAUUUGUACAAGUUUGUCUUAAGAUGCCAGCAACAUCUGACUUAACUUUGAAUAGCAUAGUGCAUUUAAGUGUUGGUUCUAAGCUACACGACAAUAAUUUCACCACUUUUGUUUGAAAAGAUUCUCCCUGAGAUAACAGCACCCUUGAAUGAGUGCUGCUUGGAAAGAGAAGGUGAAGUCACCAUCAAAGAAACAGCUCCUGUGAAUAAGCUAGUCCUGCAUUAGUUCAAAACACCUAACAACCUUAAGUGCCAUAACCUUGAAAUAAAUAUAGUUCAGGCCCAAGUUGUUCAAAAGGUGGGUAAUACUAUCCACUGGAUUAAUCUUUCUCCAUUGGAUAGUGGAAUUUGUUUCCCAAUUUAACAUUUAUUCACUGGAUAGUGAUUUAACAAGUGGAUAAUCCUAUGCACUUUUGAUCAAUUGCGGCCAGGUCAUCAAAGGCAGAUAGCACCAGAAAAUACUUGUGUAUACCUGCAUUACCUCAACUCAUUAUUUUACUCCCUUUCAGACUGGCAGAAGAUGUGGUGUUUGCAGCUCUCAAAGUGUGCAUCAAAGAGUCUUGUAAUAUGUUCAUUGAAUGUGGUACAAUGAAUGAUGAGGCAUUCCAAACCUUGGUGGCUAAGCAUCCAGUAAGUCUACUGAAGCACUGAGUUGUAUCAAUAAAAAAUAUAUGGUUGAGUCAUCAUUAUUUUCACUUAAUGAAACUUUUGACUGAACCGAAAACAAAAUAUGACAUUUGGUAGUUGGCAACAAAUGCUCCCAAGGAUUAGCACAAUUAGUUAGUGCUUGGUCUUCUACAGGUGUGGGACUUCUUUCCUUUCUGUGUAGCUUGAAGCUUUAAAUAGCUUUAAAUACCAUCCCGUAAAAUGGAGCACUGCUGAAGAGAAAAGGGUCAAGUGAGUGCACCGUUAGCCUCAUGUUUGUCAGUUAAAGUACUGUUAUGAGUUACUGACGUGGAAUAAGGAAUUCUGCCUUUACCUUUUAAAUUAGGUGGGCUAAUUGCUCAGAAAGGCCGGAAGUGUACUAUGCUGAUAAAUGUAUUAUACUUAUUGCAAAAUACUCUUUUUCUUUGAUUAGGACCUGUCCCCAGUCCUGCAGUAUCUCACAGCUGUCUUUUUCACCUGCUGGAGGGAGCAUUUCCUUUCUGAUGAUCAAGAAUUGACUGUCAUGGGUGAUGAUCAGGUAGGUUGGUUUUUACCACUGAUCAAUACAAAUGGUUGGCUUGCUUUUCACUUCUCUUGCCAGUUUUUGCUCCAUACUAUCCAAAAGCAGCAAUAGAAGUGUUUGUAACAGUAUUCGUGGUUCUGUAAAUCAAUCCUAGGUAGUGUGAGGUACUAGUAAUUUUAUUAGAGACUAAACAGUAGAGGCCUAACUGCAAAUGUUUAAGAAUGGAAUUAAACACAUUUAUCCAAAAUCCACCACUUGAAGCUGCAUAAUCCAUUUUCUGGUUAAUUCGUACACAAGGAAAUCUAAGUUUUCAAUAAUUUGUUUGAAUUUGGAACAAGGAUCACUGAUUAGUUUAAAAAAAGACGUGUAGUUACACAAACUUCGAUAUUUGUUUAUUGCCCGGACAAGAAAACGUUUUGCAGGUUUAUUCCUAAUAGAAAGGCUUUUGCAAAGUCAUCUCUGAGCUGUGAGGUGUAAAAGUGAUCAUGUCUCAAGUGGUUCAAACAUGCAUAUCAUGGUUCCAUAUGGGCGGUUUUAGCUAUUUCAUCCCUAACAAAUCAUCAACACUUGAUCAUGAGAUUUGGGGCGACUGGGAGCCAGCUUUUGGCGUUAAGAUUUCUCAACACGUAUUUGGUUGACCAUUCGUAUUCCUUCAUCAUUCCCAAGGGCAAUCAUUCACCAAUUAUUAUAUUGAUGACAAAUCAUUGAUGACACCGUUAGUUCCAGACAUGUCACUGCUAGCAGAUGGUGGUCUGUUUUUGUAAAGUUACUCGAGAGCCCGGUGUAUACUCCCUGUUAUGGCCUACAUGUAUACAGGGGGGCUCUGCCCGAAAGGGGUUCCGGUAUUCAGGUAUUACUUUAGGCUUCAGGUAUAUGGAAGGUUAGGGAUUUCACUGGUGGAAGUAUUUGAAAGGUUCCUUGUUAGCAGAGCCGAGAGGCGUUUUCUCCUUCUUGUCCCAAGUAUUCAGUGGGAAAAUACCAAAUAAUAUCAGGGAAAAGAGGCCUCUAGUGCCAGCGGAGAGUAUGAAAGGGUAGGGAAAUCUGUCAUUUCGGUCUGUAAUAUGACUUAAAAGGGCUAUAGAAGGAUUUUAUGGCUGUGACUGUGAAAAAGUUGAGAAAAUUUUCUAUUUUCGUGAUUUCUUCAUAUUUAAAACAAAGUGCAUUUACAGCAGUUAAAAGGGAUUCAAAGUUCUAAACUAGGUGUGUGAAAAAGGUACCAUUUGUUAAUGAAAGGUAUACAAAAGGGAUACGUUUUCUGUCAGAAUGGUAUAUAAAAGGGUAAGGGGUCGAGAGAUCAACUGUUCUGCUUUUAUUGCUGAUAGGUCAUUAGUGACGGUGUGAAGUAUAUUGAAAGUCAAAGGCUGUCAUUAAAAAUUUUAGAAGCUUGUCAACAGGUGAGUUUGCCAUAGAACAAGGUUAACAUAUACGCUUUGUUCCAUGUUCUUUUCAGUAACUCCUCAUAAAUCGCAUUUAAUGUACUUGCCCAAAUUGAGCUUCCACGUUUUGCUUUUUAAGCUCUGAGAAAUUGUUUAAAUAAUUUUUGUUUCUCAUGACUAUUGCUUGUUGUUUUUUCGUCAGAUUCUUGAUGUUGUGCUUGAGGUUCUUUCUAAGCUUUCAGAGGAAUAUAAAGGAGAUAUUAAAUCAAGAGUUGAAGGCAUAGAGCAUGUCAUGAAAGCGUCACCCGUGGGGCAGACCUUACCCCUGCUGGCUUCUGUUCUGUCUUCUGACAAAUUCCUUGGGCUGCCUGUUGCCAAGAGCUAUCUGCCUGUUGUGACAAAUGUAACAGUAACAGCAACAAGGGUGAGAAGCACUGAAAGCUCCUUUCUAGGAAACAAAAUUCGAUUGAAUUUUGAUUUACCGUAUGAGUGGUGUCCUCAUUGUAAUUCCCCUUUUCCAAAAUUGUAAGGGGAAUGGGUUCAAGCUUUUGGCGCAAUGAUUUCUGGGAUUAUUUGGGUGGACAAGCGUUACUUAUGAUUGGUUAAUCAACCGUUAAUAGUUGCCUUGAAUACCAUCGACCGAUCAUAACUAACGCUAACGCUUGUCCACACAAACGAUCCCAGAAUUAAUUCCCCCUAACGCUUGUACCCAUUCUCCUUUUAACUGGUUUUUAAGGUAAGUAUCAAAACUAACAAAAAAAUCUCUGAUCGCAUUUUCUCAGCAAAGAAAAAUUGAACAUCCUUCAACAUUAAAAUAGAUGGUAGCGCUUGCUCUAUGAAAAAUGUGACUAAAUUAACUAAAAUGACAUUGUUGGGGGUACUCUAAUAAAUUUUAGCGAUAACUAGAACAGAACGUGUUUGUGUAGAAAGAGUCUACCAACAUUCUAACCAAGUCUUGUUUCUGUUUAGGUGGCCUACUUCGUAUCAGAGUUAAAAUCACUUGAAAAGGAUGAAGUUACAGGGGUAACUUCUGCAGCUGUUCCCUCACCGUGGUUUAGCCCUCGUAUGGUGGAAAGCCCUCAUCCAGUCCGUGACGACUUUCAGUUUUGUAAAACAGUAGUCCUCCCUGGUGCAUCCUGUUUGUACCUUAAGUUUGACCCUCGAUGUGCGACUCAGUAUGAGUACGAUAAGGUGAGGCAUGGUCCUGAAAUUCCAUUGUUAGGGAGUUUAAACAAAGGCAUUUUGUGUGUAGAUUGUUCACGGUCCCCCAAUUUUUCUGUAAUACCGUCGAGAUCGAAGACUUUGCAUUAAGGGCGGCCAUUUUAGAUAAGUGUCAAAUCUACUUACGGCGCCCGCCACCUCGGUACAUUUGAAAAUCGAGAUGGCCGCCAUUAACGGUAAGACGCGCUCUAUCUCGACGAUCUCACGGAAGAAUUGGGGACUGUGAACAUUCUAUUUUAUGUACGACACUCGUCAACUGGGAGUGAGGUUUUUUCCUUUUCAAUAUGCCUUGACGCUGCCAAAUUUGUGUUGGUAAGGGUAUCUUUUUCUUGUAGAGACGAUUUGCUCUGGAAGUUUGGACAAAACAACCGCAUAAUAAUGCAAAAAGUCCACAUCCAGUUGACAUGCUUGCUCGAAAACGUCUUUGCUUAAGCUUACUAAUUUGGGUAAUCUGUACCAUUUUGAUAAACCUGUUAAACCACGCUACGCUAUCCUGGUGAUUCUACAAACCAGUUCAUCCAGAUUACCCUGUUAGUCCUGCUAAACCAAAGCCUCCUUCGCAAGUGUAUUGUAUAAGGCUUCUUCACGUGUUCCUCUCGCUCGAACGUUCGUGGGAUUCCAACCAAUGUCUCCGCCCUAGAAGAUUACUGCUAAACUUGGUUAUGCAGGUUAACCUGUUGACCCUGCUAAACCAGAUUAUCUGUGUCACAAUCAAGGUCCCCUUUGCGGAACCUGUUGACCCUGAUAAUACAUAAACCAGCAACAAUUAUCAUACGUCUGACAGAAAUAAACCCUGCCAUUAGGCGGACACCUAAUAAAGAGACUAGCUACGAUUACCCUAAAUAAAUAAAUUAAAUUAAAUAAAUAAAGAUUUGAGGCAACAAUCCACAAAAAGCUCUUCGUCAUGAUUCCUGGUUUGAAAAAAUAAACCUACCCGGAGAAAAAUUGCAAAGGAGAGAACCAACAACAAACUCAAUAAAUGGCGUCGACGCCGGGAUUUGAACCCGGGCCGCUUUUAACUAACCAACGGCAAUCCCCCUUUAACUUAACGGAGGCUCGAUUUCCGCUGCUCGCUCUGGUCCGGUCUUGUUCCUUCCGAGCGUGGGCUCAUUUUCUCGAAUAGCGGCCGGAAAUCGAGUCUACGUAUCCUAGUAAUCCUGUGAAACUAGUUUAUGCGCGGUUAUCCUUGUUCAGUCUUUCCUGCGUUUCUUCUCUUGAUUGUCUUUUUACUCUUUUAGGUCGUUAUUUAUGCCGGUAAGACCACCACUGGUCGUAGGGUAGCAGAGUAUGGCGGUAACUCAUUUGGUGUUGGUGGAAGAGGUGUGGUGCGACUAGGCUGGCCCAAGGAAGCUGUGAAGGUGGAGGGUGAAGCUGUAACUUUUUCUUUCCAAGUUAAGAGCGCACGAGAGCGCAACACGCCAGACCAUGCUGUUUGGGGAUUUUGCUGUACUGUGAGCGCCAAGGUAGGCUUGUUAUUGAUCCUUAAAUUCUGUUUGUAUGAAUCGUAAUAGUGAAAACAGAAAGAAAUGUUGAAACAUUUUAACGAGUGAGAACUGUAAUUGUUUACAAGCAUCACCGUAAAGUUGAAUUCGGUUAUACCAAGUCGACCGCAUUGAAAUCCACCUUUCCAAACAACCCGUCCUUUCUUUUUGGGAAUUGAUACCAAUGCUGCUAAUUGCCCCCACUCCACAAAAAAUGCAGACUAUGUAAUGCCAUCAUUUAAGCAUUUUUCUUAUCAGACUUGUAUCUAUACGUCUAAUAUUACUAUCCUCCUUUGUUUCAGGAACAUGAAGGAAAACCUUUAAAGUUGCCUUUCUUCACUGACCUGUGUCUCAGCCUGUCUCUCCUUACACAUAGUUUGCUCAAUGUAAUGUACCAUGGCCCUGCUAACUCUCAAGCAGAGGAUGCUUGUCAACAUUUACUUGAUUCCAAACUCCUCCAAAGGUAAUUCAACACCUAUCCUGAAAUGGGGGUGUGUAUACUCGGUGCUACUCACUCGUACCCAGUCUGCCCUGAAUCUUUGUAAGCAGUAACGUCAUUUCGCCCCCAAGUCAUUUCAGCCCGGUUAAUUAACCUCCUAUUUUAGAACGAGGAAUGUUGUAUUUGAAGCUUGCUUGUUUUGGUUUAUGGCUUAGAUAAAGAGGAAUAUUACAUUUGAAGCGCGCUUGUUUUGCUUUAUGGCUUAUAGAACGAGGAAUUUUACAUUUGAAGCGCGCUAAAUGACUCGAAAAAAGGGGGGCUAAGUAAUCGGGGCGAAAUGACGGGGUUGCCAGGCUGAGCAGAACGCCUCCGACCUCCAUCCCUUUUACUCGUUCACCUCAUAACUCGAGCAAAUCAAGUCCUCGCGCGCCCACAGGCAGCACGAACACUGCCUUACAUAUACGUUGAUUGAUAGUAAUGAUCAGCACGGUAAAACCGGUAAAAUUUGAUACAAAUGCGACGGUGAAUUUUAAGCCUGCUGUCUUGUCUUUGCACAUCAAACAAGUCAUUAUGGCAAAUACAGGGCUUAAAAGCGUUAAAAAAGCCGAGGAAUGCGCUUCUUUUUGUCUUAUUCGUCGGGCCUUUCGCAAAAUCUGAGUUAAAGAGUCAACGAGUUUUACUGAAGUUAAAGCAACCAACUGGCCCCGAUGCCUUCAUGGAAAUUAUUCGUAUUUAAUUGUUUUUCUUUUUCUUCGUUACGUUAGGUGCGUGUGGCCAAGUACUUCUGAAGAUGUUCUAGUGUCUGGAAGUUCUGGUAUUUCCAUAACCGUUGAUUCAGAGAAGGGCUCGUCUUCAGGUCUUGAUAUCGUUUCCCCCAAACCAAGCUCAAAACUGUCUCCCGAGCUUGUAAAACGUCUAAGAGACAUAUCAGGUAAAUAUCGCUCCUCGGUAAUUAUUCACGUUUUUCGUACAUAAAAGGUGUGAAGUAUAAAUCUGCAAAUGGUGGGCGCGUUUAUUUCAUUUAAAAUUUGAUUCCUUAAAAAGCCAAUUCAGACGGUACAGCUUCAACCAAUAGUAAGAAUUCGACACACAGACCCACACUUGACACUCGCAAGCCAGUAGUAGCUAGAAUUACAGUUGCGCGCAGGCUCUCUCAAGUCCGUCCUUUAGAGAUGCAGCCCUCCCAUCAUUGUGAGCUGAAAUGAUUAACGGAAGUCCAAAAACAUUGCCAAUGUCUCUGUUAUUUUUACUUCGUGUUACUUAGCCGUCCCAGCUCCCACGUUGCGCCCCAGCUUGCGUCAAGCCCUUCAAACGGACGUCAUUGAGGAGCUGGUACUGCGGUGUGUCAUAAAGCACUUGGGACUUACUAAGACUGUGCAGGGGAUAGAGCUUAUGCAAGCUGAGGGUGAUGAGUACAGAUACGUGUGUGAUGUAAUGAGAGAAGUGUUCAACCGACUUAAUGGCCUUAUUAGACAGCUGCAGACAAUGGCUGAAAUGGAACAGAAGUGGGCACAUGAACUGGAUGAUGUUCGAGAGGGGAUCCUGCAACCAAGCGCUGCCUUUUUCAAUGAUUUUCACUUACAAGAGGUAACGCAGUAUUGCCGGUUUGGUACGUUAAAAGAACUAGUAGGGAGCCAAUGACGACUUGAGUUCACCCAUUUGCCCCUGGGAAUUUUUGCCGUAAAACGCGUUUUGAAGCAAGUCGAGCCAUUUUCUGGUCACUGGUUGUCUAUAAAGAGCUAAAACUUACCACAAAGCUGUUUACAGGUCGUACACUUGGCGGCCUUUUGAUCCAGAUGCAAAUUACUACCUUUCGAGGUUUGCCCAGAAAGCCAAAUUUUCGGGUCAACGUUACAUAUUUUUUUGGCCUUUUUCUCCGGCCUCCUUGACUGAAUCGUGCUCUUUCUUGUAUGGUUUGUAAGAUCUCUUCUCCCUGUAGCAGUUAGCUGACAAAGCUGUCGUUGACCAUUAUAACUGAUGACGUCGUAAGCGAUAGAAGGGACGUAGAUACGCACUGGCGGUUUCUGGCGGUUCAAGGGCUAAUGGGUUAAUGCCUCACUAAGAGAUUGAAUUUUAGUUCUUCUUAUCGCUCAGGGCUGGACUGUCCAAAGACAGGUUAAGAUAACCCAAGGUUAUUGCAAAAUGGAAAUCAGAAAUAAAAGCUUAAAAAACAAGUUUAGUCCAGUUCGUUUUGUCUACAACUGGAUGAUUGGAUGCUCUAAAGAGAAUGGAAAAACAUUGUCCGAGAAAAUGCUUUUGAACAAAAGAAAAAUAAACGCGGACUAAAAUUUAUCUCCGGGUUAGUGCUAAUCGGCUUUCGAACAACUGGUCCCAGGUUGUUAAGCAAAACCUAAUGUUCCUGGAGUUGUUUCUAGGUUUAGAACGUGAACGUAAAAUUCAUCCUCCAUAAAACGUCGUUCGCGUUUCGAAAUUGCACAUUUUAGUUGUGCAGAUAACGACCAAGAAAUUUUCGAAAGUGUGAUACACUCGCAGAGUGGUUGCUUUGUCCAUGGUAUCCAUGACAUGUAUUUUCUGUGGUCUCCGUUGCGUAAGGGACACUACGACUGAGAGGGUGAAUUUUGCGCCGGCCUUUGAUUGUUCUCGAAUUCGUGGCUCUGCCAUUUGUUUACGGUCAUAAUACAAAACAUAAAAAUGUGUUAAUAGAAGGGCUCGAUUUACACCGGCGUGAGUGUUUUCUGUGGUCCCGGUUGCGUAAGUUCCCCUACGUUUGAGAGGUCGUGAUGUUAACUUUUGUUAGCCUUUGAUUGGUCUCAAAUUGGAAUAGCCAGUUGCUGACCGUCAUAAAGCAAAGCAUAAAAUUAGUGUUAAGAAAAGGGCUUAUAAAACUAGUUAAAAUUGCGACAAACAGAAACUUAAACCUCGUUAUUGCAAAAACCAUUCUAUGUUUUAUUCCCUUGCAGGCCAAGAGUAAAGAGCUGGAGUUGUUGUGCUCUCUUAAGAAUAUCGAAUUUGAUCCAAUAGAACAGGAAAAAUCUGUAGGGAAACUCAUGUGAGUACUCCGGCUUUGUCGUUGCUUUAGAUAGGAUAUUAUUAAAUCGAUGACUGUGCUUCUUCUAGUCAUGCUAGGGUCUAAAUAAACAGCAGAAUCAAUAUCAUACACAUCAAGUUGCAAAGUUGCAACGUAUCAUACAUACCAGGCCGAUGAAUAUCAGAGGACAUAGGAUAUCCCCCAACUAGUUGGUCAAAAAUAUCGAGAAUGGAUUUCUAGUUAAAGAAACUUAAAUCCUUUUUUGCCAAAAUGGUACUAGGGGCUAUAUAUACCAAUCAGAACGCAGCAUUGAAAGUAGACCACUAGUUGGAUUUUACUAAAAGUAGGAUAUCCCCCGCGCGGAGAUACUGUGGAUCAAAAGAUUAUGGUCGUAACAGCGAGUUGGUUGUAUAAACGGGGUAGUCGUAAGGCGGGGUUCCACUGUACCAAAUUUCUGUUCGAGUGCAGAAAAAUAUUUCAGCCGUUCGCUGCGUUCACGUUUAAAUUAUUUUUCAACACUAUGUUAUGUUCUUUGUAUUCUAUAAACUCCAAUGAAAUACCAAACCAUUUCAGUUUAAAAGAGUUUACCAGGUUACUUUCGCAGUUCUACUAAACCAAGGCUCAGUUGCAUCAAACGUGGCGUUCCGACGGAACGUAAAUCGUUCAGCCCACUUAAACUCUCUCUUUUAACGCCAGACAUCAGCAAUUACGUCCGACGUUAUGGUUUAUCAAUUGUCCCCUGAUUUUCAGUCCAGACUGACCUCUGCAGUAACGUCUAACGUUGCGUUUUGUGUACCUGGUCCCUGGUUGUCCUGGCAGUCUUGCUAAAACAAGUAAUCCCCGGCAAUCCUGUCCAGUCCAUUAUUUAAUGGAUUAUUCACUCUCCUCAGAGAACGCCUCGAGAAAGAAACAAAAGGAGAACGUCAGCAAAGUGACAACACUUUAGACCUGAUGCCAGUUAUCAAAAAGUGUCUGUUUUCCAUCAUGGAGUUUGGAGAGCUGCUUUGUAAUGUAACUAUAGAGUCCAAGGCAAGCAGACUCGCUGCUCUAGGAAGGAGUAUUUCUCACUGCAGCUCUGCACCCGAUUGCGGUCUACCAACACAGCAAGGUGUGUAUCCGGCGGAAGACAGCUUGGCCAAGACGGUCAGCGCAUGCACCGCAUUAGUAAUCCUAGGUCCCUGGUGCAAGCCCCUCUCACAAACUGGAGUUUGAUCCCCGUGCUCCCGAAUUCAACACCUCGGCCAUACUUGCAUCUACAUAACCAAUUCGUCUUCCUGUCGCACCGUUAUAUUUCAUUUGAAUUAGCUUUUUCCGGUAUUUGCUCAGCCACAAUAGCCUUUGAUAUCAGUAAAUGCACUGCCGAGGGUAAAUUAAGGUUGCUAAUGUCAUAAUCAUUAUCAUCAUCAUCGUCUUCGUCGUCGUCGUCGUAGUAAACUUCUCCUUAUUGAAUUUCCCACAGGAAACUUACUUCGACAAGACCAAAAAGCCUGACUACACACCCAAACGUCAGAGCACUCUUUUCUUAGGAAAGUUCUCCAUAUCGAAAGUUAUCCAUAUUGUGUACCCGAUAUCACUUCUCUAAGGGCCUGUUUACAUGGAGGUGGGGGACCUCAGGCAGGUGAGGUAACCCGCUUUGGUGGGUAACCCGCCCGUCCAAAUUCUCUGUCAUUUUAAUUUGAUCGCGUUUACAUGGUAGGUGGGGUGACCACAUGAAAGAUUAUAUCGACAGGCGGGUUACCUCUCCUGUCAACAGGCUGUGUGUUAACCUAGGUGAAAGGCACAAUCCAACAUGCUUUCUGUUCACAAUUUGCUUUAGCAUCCCUGAUUCAGCCUCAGUCUCCUUCCGGAAUCCUUAAUCGCUCACUGUCGGCACCACCCAAGCUUGAUCGAUCAAUGUCAGUUCAGGAAGGCAUACACGACGUACGUAGGCUGCAGAGAUGGAGAACCAAUGUGCAGAGAAAACACAACCGCUCAACCUCCGAAGAUGAGACGGAUGCUAGUGUAAACAAGACUUUCCUUUCAACCGUGGCAGAAAUUUUCUUUUUUAUUGGCAGUGACCCAGAUAAAGCUGUAAGUAGAAAUAUAGCAAUUUGUUCUUGAGUGAGAGACUAUUGUGAACUUGUAGCUCAGUCGGUAGAGCGCUUGACUGCAGAGCGGGAGGUUGCGGGUUCGAUUCCCAGGACCGGACCAAUACUCAGGGUCUUAAAAUAACUGAGAAAUAAGGUACUCCUUUUGCACUGCAAGUGGCUAGACCUUCGCGUGGCUCGAAUGACCACGCAAAAUGGCGGUCAGUUGGAGACGUAAAACUAGUGUUCCCAAUUAGCACUUUCGUGCGUAAUGCAUUGACAUUCAAUACGUGCAUUUUUUCCUCGAUGUACCCAACCCUGUAUUGUAAGCCACAGUGAAUCACUCUCCACGUUCGCUACAGUCAGACCAUACGUGGCUGACUCGAAAAAAGAAACUGCUCUGGUCAAUUAUUAGAGAUGCAGGCUUUCAAAUGAACCCAUCAGAAUUCAAAUGAUUGAUUAAACACAGUAACUUGAAAUACCGUAAAUACUCAAUUUAGCGCCCGAUGUGCUUGCCCAAUCAUCUGAGUCGAGAGAGAGAAGAGGGAAGGCGCUUAUUUUAAGGGGGAGGUGGGGGGGCGCUUAUUUUGUUCUUUAGAAUUUUGGCCUCAAGAUGAUUCUUUGUUUCGAAAGAACAAAACCUUUAACGUUAAACCAAAAAAACUGGGACGUACCUUUCGAUAGAAACUCAAAUAUGUGUACGUGUGUGUGUUUGACAUAUAUUUCACUUUCAACGUGCUGUUCUGUCUCUAUUUAAAAAAAAUCCUCAAGAACUAUCAUCAGAGGAACAUCGUCUUAGUUAGACCCCCUUCAUAUAAGAACCUAUUUAGCCUAAACUUUGGAACAUGUUCUUAUUAAGAACCUGUUUAGGCUAACUAAGAAAAAUACAGGUUCUUACUCACGGGUUUUAACUUUAUGUUUAUCUUAUAUUCUGUAAGAAGGGUUGGGCUGCGGGCGGCUGUUUGAACGGGCAGUUAUUUGAUAUAUUUAGACUUAAGGGAUAAGCCAAUUCUAUCUUUCGCUGGUAUUUUUUUGUGGUGUGAAUCACCCUGCAUUUUAUCCUAGGUGACUUGUUCGAGCUUUCUCUCCGCCGCUAGUAUCCGAAAUGAGCGAGGUCGAGCUCGAGUCCAGGCCCUUCAGUACAUGUUAGAGCUAGUAUCAGCAUGUUCCCGGAUUGGAACUCAUCAUGUUCCACACUUGCUUUCCGCUGUUGCGUCAAUACUCGCCCAAGGACCAAGGUUGGUGUGCCUACCAGAAUUCUAGCUUCCCUCCAAUAACUUGUCGUCUUAAGACCAUUUUUUCAUAGGGCGCUUUUGUUUGUGUAUCAGAACGGAUGAGCUCAAGUGCGGUGGCAUGGUGCGAGAAGUGCGUGACAUGUUCUCAGCUGUUGUCUCAGCCGUGGUCCAACAGGCCUCAACUGAGCCCACUGUGUACCGUGACAGCGUAUUGUUACUCAGUGUCUGUCCAUAUUCCUGGCACGAAGAGCGUUGUGUCAUGCGUAGUAGCCUUGUGUCUUUACUGGACAAACUGUGUUGUUUGAGGAAUGAGAAGACUGACGCUGCUCUCAACUCGUCCGCCAUGGCUUGGGCCGGAUUCAAAGUACUGUUGGAUCGAAUCGUGCAUUGGGAGAAUGAUAAAGGUUAGAUUACUGUUGUGUGGGCGUGUGCAAGUCUGUAGUGUGCCAAAAUGUAAUUUAGGCAAAGUUAUCCUCGAACCAAUGCUGGUCAGCAGUUUCCCCAAUUACCUUAUUAUGGGAAAUUAACGCUCCAUGAAAUUAAGGUAUUGAAAUUAACGCGACUUAAAUUAACGCGAAUUUAGUGGGAAACUACUUUCGGAUAAAGAAAAUUAACGCGAAAGAGGAGGUAGAAUUUCAUAAUCAAGGAAAUUAACGCGAUUAAUUACGCGAAAUCAAAGGAGAAGAAUUGACAUCAUGCACUUAUGACAGCGACAACGAUGAAGAUGAACUCGAAAUAUUGUAAACCUUCGCCUUAGCUUUUGUGAAAGAUGAAAAGUAAAGGGUAGAUGGAAAGAAGGAAAGCUUGUAGUUAAUGUUUUUUAGGUGUCAAGAAUACCUCGACAGGUUCCAAAAUUGGGGUUAAAAUACUGGAAAUUAAGGGCGCGAAAGUCAACGCUGCACUUAAUUAACGUCGCGGAAAUUAACGCUCCACUAAAUUAACGCGACUUAAAUUAACGCGAAUUUUAACGAUUCGCGUUAAUUUCAUGGAGCGUUAAUUUCCUAUACUAAGGUAUGCUUGAUGGGGGGGGGGGGAUGCCCUUAGCAGAGGCACCUCUUUGCUAUAACCUUGUUGCUUGCUUUCCAUUUUUGUGCUGUGUUUUUCCCAACCCUCCCUCCCUCUGUCUCAGGGUUAGGUAAGUAUUGGUCGGUAAAUAUUCCACUGAAUAGUUCAGUGUGACGGUGCCUUGUAGGGGCCGCUCGCAGGGUUGCCAUGGAUACCUCCUAGUGCUAGAGCAUUGCCCGUUUUCACCAACCUUGUAGGCACCAGCGCCCAAGCUCAUCUACUGGUGAUGAGUUUAGUUGAGAUUAUGAUAUAGCCUUAUUCAUACGCUCAUGUCAAUCUCCGUUGCCUUCCCUCUCAGCACCGGCAUUUUUCACCACAAAUUGUAUCAUAUAGUGAUGAAAUUAAAGGACAAAGUUACCCCAAAGAGACUAAAUUUUUCUGAUCACAAGUUACAUUCUGAAGAAGUACGAGAAGCACUUGUUUGUGGGUCAUUUCUCCUUAGCACUUCUCUCGGGUUCGUAAAUAUUUCCCAUAUGCUCAUAAAACUAAAAAAUGCACUCGGCGCGUUUUUAUUUCUUGUAAUUAGUGUCUAAUGAUUGGUUGUUUGUUUCAUUGGCAAGAUUUCCAUGCUGGUGCUAUUGAGUGGUCCAGUUUGGCUCACCAGGUCUCCAGUCUGUUAUCAAACUAUCUGACUUGUGUGUUAGAGGAGAGCCGUCAUGACGGAGUGUCCGCUAAAGAUGCCUUGGUAUAUGUCAUGGAAUUACUGCACGGAAUCAGCAGGUAAAGUAGAUUGCGUGGGUAGCCCUUUGUCAAAUCUCAUUACAGGCGAUUAUGGGCCUCUCGAUUUCAAGGCUAAUAUUUCAAGGAAUGGUAGCCGAGUGAUGUCACCAACGCCGAUGAACGUCAUAAGAAAAACAGUUUCUGCGGAGAAGUGUAUAAAAUAAUGAACAUUGUGUUCAUGUUUCUUUCUUACCUUCGAUUAUUAGGAGUAGACUUGGAGAAGAAAUUCUCCAUGAACCACGUACCGUCUCUACCCUCCUGUCCCUAAAUGAAUUAUGUUCAUUUUUCUUUCUUACCUUCGAUAAUUAGGAGUAGACUAGGAGAAGGAAUUCUCCGUGAACCACGUACUGUCUCCACCCUCCUGUCCCUCCUUCUUGACCGAAGAGCCCCUCCUAAACUGGUGCUAAUUGUGCUGAAGCUCUGUCGCUCCAUCCUUCCCCUGAUGGACGCCAAGAGUUGCCAGGAGGUGACAUUACCCCCCACUGCUAGGCAUUAUCUAGGGGUAAAACGUGGGCUCCACCAAGAAGGUAGUUCCGUGGUAAGAGUGGCUGAACUGUUGCUGGCUAAGCUUGGGGACUUUGUCCUGCCGUCUGUAGACUCGGGCAUUGAGGAUGAAAUUGAGAGAGAGGCAGUAGUGUAUGAAGAAAAUGACAUCAGUACCAAAAGCGAGAGCACCAUGUGUUUGUAUGUACAUAAAAGAGAUGACCAGCCUGCGCAUGAAGUUGUGCAGAAAGUGCUCAGGUAACAAUAAUGUAUUUCUAAGUAGAAAAUAAACAACUUAGCUGAAUAAGUGUUUUAUACAUCUCUCUCGAAUUUCUGUAACUGUUCAAAAAAUUGUAAAUGGUUUGAACCAAGUGUCAUGUCACAAGUAGGUGCACUAACCUGCGAUCAAACGUUUUUUUUUUUUCCAAACAAAAAGAGAAGAAGGGCACUUUAUCGCAGGUUAUAGGUACACAGUUCACUUUGACUCGUAUGAUGACUUCCGCACAGGUUUUUUAAACGUCGUCACUGUCAAGUCACCCUUACGAUCAUUACAUACUAAUGGCCGUUCUCACACUAGAAUCGGAUCAUGCUUCUAAGACGGGUUGUCCUUUGGGUAAUUCGCGUCAGAUGGGUAAUCCAUCUUAAUGAGAAAAUAGAACGAAUAAUCCGUCUGACUUUAUCUGUCUGUUUUUCCUCCAAUUGUAACGGACUUUGAAGACGGAUGAUACGUCUGACGGAUAAUCCAUCUCUAGUCUGAAAACGGCCAAUGUUUCUGAAAUCUUUAGACGUAUCCAGGUGACAAAUGUGCCACAAGUAGUUCCCAUUGUAUAAAUGAAACAAAAGUCGCUUUAUAACAGCUACUGUGAAGAUAUUUCCUCGUUAUUAAUCAUAGCUAUCAAAUUAGACUCUGGUGAAUCUUAAUCGACUUUCCGAACAGAUUAUUUAACCCAUUCGCUCCUGGAGAUUUUGCCGAAAAACGCGUUUUGAAGCUAGUCGAGUGGUUUUCUGGUCACUGUCGCGCUAUAAAGAGCUAAAACUUACCACAAACUGGUUUACAGGUCGAACACUUCGCGGCCUUCUGAUCCAGAUGCAAAAUAUCAGCUUGAGAAGUUCGGGCAUGCGCAGAAAGCAAAAUUUCGAGGUUUAAAAGUGACACAGCAGUCUUGACUUUUACUUUUCGCUUUCUCUCCUCCCUUCUUUUUCCGCUUUUCUUGCCUCAUUUUUUUUUUCUCUUGCUGGGCAUUUAGUAGGCUUCAUUUUGGUGGGAAGAGUUUUUAGGAAAGCUUUUAGGAUCUUAGGAUUAGGUGAAAGGAAAGGUAGGUGGGUAAUGGAACAAGAUUUUCAUGGAGAUUUUCAGGUCAAUGUCACGUGGUUUUUUGCUUGUUUCUCCGGUGUCCUUGACUGAAUUGUGCUCAUUCUGGUAUGGUUUGAAAGAUCUCUUCACUCUGCACAAGUUAAAGAAGAAAGUUGUCCUUGACCGUUAAAACUGAUGACGUCACAAUGGGUAGAAAGGACCUGGAUCCGCACGGGCGGUUACGGGCGGUUCAGGGGCGAAUGGGUUAAACAGCUGCAUUCUUAUUUACAAGGUUCAGACAAAUUAGGAGCAACCUGAAAGUGAAACAAAAAACAUUUGGAAACAACGGUUAUAUUUCUUAUUACCCCGUUGAAAAUUUCUGCAAUUUUUUUUUUUUUUUUUUCAGUACAAACGGUACGCCAUUCAUCUUUCGCGUUGGUCAAGGCUCUGAGAUGGAGCGCGCCAUCAAACUAGACCGAGAACUUACAGAGUAUGGGCGAGGGGUGCUGCUUACCGACACCUUAUCAGUUUGUCUGAAGAAAGCUGCCCAGUGGGCUCAGACUGGGCUGGUGGUUAGUGUAGGGCCUGUAGAUCUGUUAGAGGAGGGCAGUGAAGGGGAGAAGAGUGUCGAAGGAUCGGGAGACCCCGAAAUCGUAUGCAAAGCACGCAACAGCCGUCUGUCAAGGUUAGUUUAGUAUUUUGUUUAAAGUCGUUUUUACAAUAAUAUCCCUAGGCAUCGUUGGAAUAUUAUUGGUGUUUUCAUUUGGGAAGUGCUUCUAAAAGAUUUUUAACGUGAAUUUAACUCUGAUAACCGACACAUUUCUCCUCGCGCGUUGAAUAUAAGUUCUUCUCGUACUUUGAAUCCAAUUAAGUCGGUGGGUGUCUGCAAAGUGGUAGGAUCAACAAGUCGGCACUUUAAUGUGAGUUUAUUAUUUUUCUGAGAAAUCUGACCGUUAUUCUUACGUGUACUGUGUGCUUUCAGUUUCAAGGAAGUUUUUUGAGAAGGGCGUCCUCGCUUGGUUCAUUUGAGAUCUCAUUAUUAAUCAUUUGAAAGUGAAGUGAUGUCAAGAUCAUAUCGUUGUUCUGGGUAUGUCUCUCACGUUCUACGCUGACACUUGAUCUUUGUUUGUUCGUCCUCUAGAACGGAAUGCAGCCGCCCUUUUAUAAGCGGACAGGUCGCACACACCAUGGCAUCUGAAGUUAUAUCUUUGUUGCACGGACUUCUGUCUUCGUCAGCUUCUGACACCUCAAAGAUCUGGGCCUCUGCUGUGCGCGAUGUACUGUGUGAGACCCUGGAUAACGUGCCUUACCUGAUAGAGACCCUUGAAAGAGAAGGAAGGAUAUCACCUAGGGGGGAUCAGACGUUCAAGCAGGAGACAGAACACGACGAGGAUGAACAUUUAUCUAACGAACAUGAGUGGUUUUUCAAGGCCAGGAACGUUGUAGCGUCUUUGUGUGCCUUGGGUGGUUUUCAUAAGAAUGUCCAUUCUGGAUGCACGGUUCAGGUACCACAAAUCGUUCUGUUGUUUAUAUUUAUCAUUUGCAUAGCAAGGGUGUCUUUAGGGGGUUUAAACAUAUAUUGUAGCUCAAGCAACCGCCUGCUUGUGUCAAUUUUCGCUACAACAAACGAUAACAUAUGUAAAAACGUCAUAUCGCCGCCUACUUUGUCUCGCUCUGUCAGCUACUCUAACUGAAUAUCAAACAGAAAGAGUAGUGUUCCUGCCCAUAUCCAGGCACCGAGUAGUGGGUUGAGAAAGCGAGGCACAGUCGAGUGUUUCAAGCCGACUUUGAAAUAUCCAGAUAUCAGGUGGAACACUUUUUUCAUUCUUUGAUGCGACUUCUCAAGUGAUCAAUUAUUUAAUAGUCAACAGUUACCGGCACCCUACAAACGACUUAUUGACGGAAUCAUGCAAAACUAACUAGAGAGAACGACUGGACAACUGAAAAUUUGACUAACAAUAAACGACUGUCUAACUGUGACAAUAGACGGAUGGAAACGUACUAAUGACAUCACGAGUCUUCAUAGCUAAUAACAUAACGGCUUAGCUGACAGACGACCAAUAACAUCGCGACUUAACUGACCAAUCAGGUCACUAACCAAAAUAGCAUCAACUAACGUGAUACAACUCACUUUGACUCUGAAGAUGACUACCGCACAGGUUGUCGAAACGUCCGUCACUGUCAACAACAACAGUCCUAUUCAGGACUACGUUCACCCGGACGAUCAUACCCAACCUUUUUAUGAUCAAUUAUUCUUGAAAACAAUUAAAACAAAGUUUGUUAAGUAUCAUGAUGAGGAGGAACCGGUUCCCAAACGUAUUCAUUCGCCAUUUGUCAGAUCGGUGGAGAAGACAUGGUAAAAGCGACUGGUGAAGUGGUCAGUGUAUCUGAAAGACAGGGUGUGGCAACAGUGUUACUAAACGAAGAAGGAGAGACCUACAGUGAAAGAGUGCAAGAGAUACCACUGGCACGGCUUCAAAUAGCUAAUCCUCAGGUAUAAUAAUUGAGAGAGGGAGUUUGUUUAUAAAAAAGCUGUAGCGCUAUGUCUGUCGUCGGGGGAGUGAACCUCGAAGGUGAAUUGAUCACCGGAAAAUUUGAAAAAUUGAAGUACCGCCUUUUCCCUGCCAACGGCUAUACCUAAAAGGGUCUCGUAUGGCCUUGUUUAAAUAGCGCUCACUCCUCUAGUAGAGAAUCUAAAACAGAGACUUACAAUAAUGGACUUAAGUCUUAAGACACUUUUGCAUUUGUGGGGCUUUUCUUAAAUCAAAAAUGCCCAGCCCCUCCCCCACCCCACAAACAAUGGUGGACGCGUCUUUCCGGAAUUUUUCCGAGUUUCAACAUUGUAUAGGGUGGUGGAGGGAGAACUGCAAGAUAUUGGUUACAUUGUUUUAUGAGUGCACCCAGAGAUUACAGCAAAUUAUGAAUACCUCGUCAUUGUCCCAACAACUUUUGUCCAGGAUUGUAGAUUAAGUUUUUUGUCUCGUUGUAGGUGGUGUUCCUUAGCGAAUUGUCCAUGGGAGAUCAAGCGGUGGCUGUUUUGCUUUCUAUUUUGUCUGCAAAAGAAACAGUGUUCGAUCAGCCUUCUGAUGUGGACGCAAGGGAAGUCUUCAUUACACCAUCAAAGGCAGCGCGAAUUCUGGCAGAAAUCAAAACGAGGUUUCUACUUUAUUUGACCCAUAUUUUAGCUGUCGAUCUUCAAGAAAUUAGGUUGUACUCCACUCCAUAAACUGUUGCGGAGACUGAUCACUAACUUUGAGAAAUGAAAUUUUUAUGAUUAGUUAAUGGUUGCCAUCUGGUCCAUCAGAAUAAACUUUGAUAACUCAAACAAUCCCAACUCGGUCCCAGUCUUUUCAUUAUUCACAAUUUUCACAUAGACCAUAAUGCACCAUGUUUAUCUCCAAAAAAUGCGCAGGACUUGAGUGUGUCGCAUAGCCCGUUUUAGGGCAGGCAGAGAAAGUAUCCCAAACAAACGAAAUCUUCCGGUUUUCAUUGCAGAGCAAGCAUGGUUCUAUCUAUCCAAGUCCAGGAUUCCUCCUUCAUCGACGCUCUUCUGGCGAAUCCUUCGUCGGAGCUCAUCUCUAAAUUAUCAGGAGAGUGCGAUGCAGGCCAAAGAUUAACUGUCUUAGAAAAGCACUGCCAGCAGCUGCGAAAACUCUUCAAAGACUUUGUUAAACCUGCUGAGAAACCUAAGAAAGUAUUAAAGACUAGCAAGAGGAUGGCGCUUGACAGCGGCCGGGUAUUCCCUCCCGUCCGGGGAUGUGUUUUUACUAUGGGCCAUACUUGUGUUCAUUAUCUAGCGGAUCCUGCAACAGGCUUUGGACUUCCCAGAGGGACUUUCGUAUAUGCUAACGCCCCUUUGCCCCAAAAGGUGAGUUUCCUGUUGCUCUGUUUGGUUUAAGGUGCUGUCAGUUAUUCAAUUCCUGUUAAAGAAAAAUAAUACAGUAAAAACCCGCUUUUUCGAACCUAGCGUUUUAAGAACCAACUGGCAGAAAUUUGCCAUUUAAUACCCAAGAAUAUAAGAACCUGUUUAGCCAAGCAGGAUAAAAAAGGUUCUUUUAUGUGAGACUCUCGGGAAAACAAAACUAACUGUUUCCGUCGGGAUCUGACAUUAAGUGUAUAAUAUACAUUCUGUAAUCAGUUUUGUUAGGCUUAUCAUAAUACAGUUGUGAAUAAGUAAUAUCUAUUAACUUUAAGCACCAAACCCAAGUUUUACUAUCUUUCUUUGGAUCAACACCUAAGAACCUGAUUAAAGACCUACUUUGCCUAAACUGUCAUUAACUACACCAAAAUACAAGAAUCUUUUUUGCCAGACUUGGUUCUUACAAGCGGGUAUUUUACUGCAACACCUUUGGAGCUGACUAAUGGAAAUGAUGGUUCUACAAAAUACCAUUUAAGGACAUAUUACAAAACUGCAAGGCAGACCUCGUAUGAACAAACAUGACGACAUGAAGUUUAGUGCUGCUGUUUCAAGUUCGGCUUAGAUUCCUUCUGUCGUUUGCAACAUAGUAUACGAAUUGGAAAAAGACUGAUACCAUCCAGUAUGCUUCCGCUUUUAUCGCAAUUUUGGCCAUUAGGCCAUUUCCGAGUUCCUCCAGGCCUCUGUAUCAAAACGAGGUUAAGUGCGCAGCCUUUGAUAUGGAAAUGAUUUUUCAUUCUCAUGCAAAUAAAACUCAUUUUCACAAGAGAGGUUGUUGGCCUCAUUUCUAAAGUAAGGGGUUUUGGAACUCGGAAGUGGCCUAUUAAUGAUCAUUUUCUUGUGGAUGGGUUUGCAGAAAUCCUCUAUUAUUUUUUUUCCUUUCAAGGCGCCAUCCUUUUACUGGGAGGCGGAACUUUGUUCCCUAGGAGACCCUGAAGAUCAAGAUCCGGGACCUUCCAUUUCCGUUGGAUUUGCCCCGUCAACAGAUCAGCUGGCCAGCGGUUGGAUCAAUCCUGUGGGAUCUUGCCUCUUGCACAGGUUUUUUCUUCUAUCCAUUGUUUUUUUGUUUUUUUUUUGUUUGGUUUUAUUGUCAUUUUGUGUUUCUUUAAGGGACAAUAUCCCUGAGAGUUUGUUCAGUUUGUUCAAGUGUUUCUAUCAACUCGGUGAAAGCCACUGAUAGUGACAUGCUCGUGCAUGUUACAAUGCCAGUACGAAAAAAUGCAUCUGUGACUAACGUUUCCAAGUUAAUCUGUGUUAUAGGGAAAAAAUGAUGAAAACCACUGAACCGGUUCGCUCCCACUUUGGGGAAUGAAUAGCCUAUGUCGGUUCGAAAUGUUAAAAUUCUAACAUGACUCCCGAGGCUUUCUGGUCAUUUUUCUAUAUUUGGUUUGGUUUUCUUGGUGCUCAAGUCUCUUCUGGGGCUGAUUGCGAGACAAUAGAGUCGAGAACAAUUUGCAAUUUUGAUCCUAAAGCCUCGCAUUCAUGUUAAAAUUUUAAUAUAUCGAACGAUCGUAGGCUAUUGAUAACAUUGUUGUUUUUCAGAGGAAAUUCUGUGUAUUUGCGGGUGUACCUUUCAUAAUUAUAGUAGUUUUUCAAAAGGUCUGCUUGACUUUUAUUGUCGUCGUUUUAGCGAGAGAGAAAAAAAAACAAUAAAAUUUUGUUGUUUAUCUGAUUGGUUGAAACUCUGCUUCAACCAAUCAUAACUGAAUAGUGACGCGUCAUCAGUAUAGAAUUUCUGCGCUCGUUCCUCAGGCGUCAUUUCGUGGGCAAACUAUUGGUGGGGUCCUUAAAUGUCGGCUGUUUUCUCAGACCGAUACGCUGCUUUAUUUUUCAGUAAUGGCCGAGCAGUGUUGUACAGGACAGGCGGUCUUCUCCACUGGAAAACUGUUUCAUUAAACAUCAUUAUGAAAGAAAAUGACGUUGUUGGAUGUGGAUUCGAACGAAAUGAGGAUCAGUCUGCUAAUGGCUUAGUUUACUUCACCUGCAAUGGCGACAGGCUCGCAGCGGACUUAGAUGGCGUUCAGUCCGGCUUGUGGCCCGUUAUUCAUAUACAGAAAAAGGUGAGGAACAUCUAGGAGCUGCGACAAUAGAAAUGUGGGGUAUACAUGCACUCAGAUAUGCCACUUAAUAAUUAUGGCGUCAAUGAACCUCGAUAGCUCUUAUGGUUUGUUUUCCCAAUGUACUUCAUGUGAUAAUACACAAGAUAACGGUUUCUUUCAAAUUUCGUCUCAUUCACGUGCAUAUGUAAGCAUAAUUUGUGAAAAGACAAUUGAGCAAAUUCGCCUGAGACCGUCAUUGGGAAAACAAAAUAUACAAGCUAACACUCUGUUCACCCUAUUCUCAAUUUAAGGCAAAGCCUUUAGACCAAAGAAAAAGAUAUACCUUAUUUAUUCCAUCAAACGCUGCGGCGUUUGUUAAAUUUUUAUCGUUUCGGAUGCGCGUUUAUUUCAAAAUCGCAUUCUAAAAUCACUAAGAACAAUUACGGUAAAUUAUUUAUAAAUACUGUUUGAAGCAAAAAGGUGUUUAAAGUCUAAGAAAAGAGCCGACAUUUUUCGACGCCACCACUUGUUUCCCUGCCAAAUGGCGUCUGAGAAACUAAUGCAGAAAUUCCAUACUGAUGACAUGUCACGACACAGAUCUAGAUAGUGCCUCUGAUUGGUCGUGUCUUAAGGGAUGUUUGCCCUAACCAAUCAGAAGCACUACCCAGAUCUACGUAGUGACACGUCAUCAGUGUGGAAUUUCUGCAGUCAUUCCUCAGACGUCGUUCAGCUGGGAAACCAGUGGUCGCGUAAGUCGUAAAAAGGACUCUUUUAUUUUGCUGAGAUAGGAUCGUAGUAGUUUGAAUGGUGUAGAUUACCUAGUUGUACCCAGUGUUUUUCUUAUAAUCCUCGAAUAAAAGCCGCAUUCUUCUAAAUAACCGGCGACCGGCCAGUUAGCUCAGUUGGGAGAGCACCGGUCAGCCAAGCGGAAGGUCAUAGGUUCAUACCCCUCCAGGGUCUUAAAAAAAAUUGUGAGAUGAUGCUGGCUGUAAUUUGAGACCUUGUCUCAGUUAAGUGAUCGCGUCAUUGAGCGGUGACGUUAAGCCGUUGGCCGUGUCUCCUUCAUCCUUCUUUCAUCAGCAAAUUGAAGGGGACGUAAAAUAACCCACACUACUGUUCGAAAGGAGUAGGGGAAAUUUUCCCGGUGUUGUGGUCUACCUUUCACGCAUCACCCAUCAAUCAUAUCACAGGCUACGGCUGUUUUACACGAACUGAUAGCGGCUGCCAAUGGCGCCCUUGUAUGCUGACGUCCGACCCUUACUGUUAACAUUAGGGAGCUUAAGCAACAACGACGGCGACGGCAACGAGAACGGCGAAAAACCAAUAGGUUUAGAUUGCGGGCAAAACAACAACUCUGCACGUGCAUCACGCUCUUUUGUACAUUUCUUUGCCGUCUUUGCACGUUUUGUCGAGGACCGGAACACAAAACAACAAUUUUCUUUUUCUUUUUCUGAGCUUUGAUACAAUCCUUUAGAAUUCAAGUCCAAAGAAAUUUGCCGACAUUUGUCGAAUUAAACAAGAUGGAAUAAGCGCGAUAAAGUUUGAGGCAGCGCGAAUUCAUUUUUAAGUGACGUUUUCGUAGCCGUCGCCGUGGUCGUUGCUUGAGCUUUCCAUUAUCUAAUGUGAAGAGGACGCGUCUUGUUGUCCCCUAAUCCACGACAUUACAUUGCAUUGCAUUACAAGUGGGAGCAGCGUUUAUUUGAGGGCGGCUUUUAUUUACGGGUAGGGUUAUUCGAUAAGCAGGUCAAUACGUUAUGUCCUUUUUCUACUUACUGCACAACACCAACAAGCCUCUUCAGGACUAUACUAACUUGGACAAUCAUAUCCCGCUUACUUAAAAAGAAUUUAAAGUCGUUAAUACGGUUUCAUUCAGUGAAAGCGGUUAACUCGCAUUCUCUCAUCACCUACUGUUUUCCUCAGAAUGUACGCGUCCGAGUGAAUUUUGGUGCGCGCUCGUUCCUGUACGCAGAGGGUUCCAAGCACCGCGCAGCGGCAGACAUGUGGAGCGACUCGAUGGAAGACAUCAGACAGGGAUUUAGUGAGCUGCCUUUUGCUUUUGAGCUUGAUAUGGACGUGAAAGAUGAGUCGAUGGAUGCACAAGUCGUGUCUAAACCCUUGCCUCCUAAACCAACACCUCUGACCAUACCUAAAGACUCAGUAAAAGGUUCGUUAAUAGGGAGCUUAAGCAACAACGUUUUUGAGCGACGCACGUCAACCGGAAGUGGCCUUUUUUCAUUUUUUGACGGUGGUUUCGCGCAAAUUUUCAGUCAAAUCGCCUCUAUAACAGUAAAGAAACUAAGGAAUACAAAUUUUAUGUCAUCAAGGCAUGUUAAGAGGGAAAAUACCUCACUUCCGGUUGACGUGCGUCGCUCAAAAACGUUGCUGCUUAAGCUCUCUAUAAGUCAAUGUUACUUAAAGGACUUUUAAAAUGACCGUUGUGAUGGCAUUUAUUCUCUCAGUACAUAAAUGUACAAUGAUACUCACCCAUUGGUCAAGAGCUAUUGUUCAUGAGAAAAAAGACAAUUGAAACGACGCAAUGAUGACUCAAUUUGUUUUUCUCUGUAUCUUGUGCACGAUUUUCCAAGGAACUCCUCAAGAAAUCGCCGUUUUUAAUGUUUUUCUACAUUGUACAAAACCGGGCAGCCUUAGGCGAAUUGUUUCACUUGAGUUUUGAAUAUUGUAAUGAAUGAUUUCUAUGAUCUAUAAGUGUGUAAACAAUGGAAAACUGUUGUUGUUUUGUUAAGAACACCAUUAUUUCCUCCAAUAACCGCCGCCGCUGUACUAGGUAAUCGCCGGCUCGAGUAGGCACCCCCUGCCGAACCCCUAUUAGGCUAACUUACUUGAACAGCAAGGAUAUCACAACGAGUCCUUGUUCCUUCGUCCCUUUUAUAAUUUUUGAGACUUCCACUACACCAGCAUCAAUACGAGAACAGUUCUUUUCUGCUUAGGUAGUUUCACUCAUCUGUAUCUUCAUGCGAUUGCAAAGUUCUUUGAACUGCGAAAGGGGGGCCUCCUAGAUUAAUCAAAAUUCUUUACGAAAAAGUCUCCCAAUUUGGUCCUUAUUUUAAAUAAUCCCCCGGGUGCAUAGUGAAGAAAAUAGCCAGGCUAAUCAGACCUCGAGUCUUAGCAGAAAUGUAAAGCUAGUUCCAAACGCAGAACACGCACUUUACUCUUUACCUUUUGAUUCACAGAGUACGACCCUUUGUCUUGCCUUCAAUACAAGCUGGCCAGCAGUUAUGAUAGGAUGAUUGAUGUGGGUCCUGUAACACCUUUGCGCGCCUCCGACGAGGGUACUAGUCACGGGAGAGAAGCACCACCUGUAGACCCCUCCCGUCUGCUGGUCAAAGCUUGGGAAGAUCGGGUGUUUCCCGUUAUCCGAAGACGAUUUCGUUCAAAUACUGAUCGGCAGUCGGGGCUUGAUCAGAUCAGGGGAGCGCUGUUGGCAGGUGGGUAGCAGUAGGUUCGGCCAAUAUCUUGUUUUGGCAUCUUAAUAACGUAAACGAUAACGAAAGUUUGGUUACUCUAAUCGGCUAACGAGCAAAAUUAAAAGCAAAUGGAUAUAUAAACUCUGUAGGAGUUCAACAUGACGAAGGCGUUAAAAGCGCACAGAUACAACCUAAAUACCAAAUGUAACCUUCUUGAUUACUCCCCUCGCCAGAAAAAGUAUUGCGUAGGCAAGAAAUUUCUUUUGAAUCAGAGCAAAAUCACUCUUCAAAAUCACUUUCCACGGCGCAAAUUUGGAUCGGCAACGUAUACUAUAGUUAACCCAAGGCAGGUUUUCCCGUAAGCUAGUUAUUUCACUCACAUUUUUUUUUUUGCUGUAAAAUUAUUGAAGUAAACUAAGUAGCCAGGACAUAAGCGUUAUUGACCUAGUGUGAGGUCAAUAUGGCUGGAUAUUGGUCAAGUUCUUUUUUUGCGAAUCUAUGGACAGAGACGAAGUCAAUAAAAACGCAAAAAAAACUGAGGCAGAUAUCAGCCAGACUGACCGAACAAGUUUGGUCAAUAAAAAAUUUAUUAUAUGGUCAAAAAUAGGAAACGCAGGAAAUCCCGAGCGGGCAAGAUGGGCCCUUCUUGCCUGCUCGGGUAGCCAAUCAGAACACGAGAUUCGCCCGCGGAAUCAGCGAUGGUUACAUCACUCAGUGAUACAAACCUUCAAACCACGUCUCCAGGCGGAAAUGACAUCAGAGUAUUUCAAACUUGGAGUUCGAAUUUGGUUUUUUGUCCAGGUAUGAUCGACAUCGCCGUCGCUACAGUGGCUGAUUUGUAUGAAGACAACGGCGGUAUCCCAGCAUCCCUACAGUUUCCUAAGCUUGAUGACGUGAAAGCUGACGUCAACAAAGUGAGCGCCGGUGGCCUGAAACCCGGUCAAGCGGUCAUCGUCAACUGCUCCAUUCUGAACCAAGCUGCCACUCUACCAGGAUUUGCAGUGCCAGAUAUGAAGAAAACUUUUGGACUCACAGGGGUGGUGAAGAGUGUUGACAAGGUGACGUAUACGUACUUAUACUAACUAGAAGUGUCCUGACUUAAUGUUUUCUGUGUUGUUUGUUUCUUUGACGAGCAGGAGAGGAAAUGACCUUUCUUUAAUGGCUGAUUAUUUUUCAUAAGAACUUACAACAAUGGUAACUGUCACUCAGUAUUACCAUAGCUUUCCAGACAGGUAUUAUGUGUGACUUUAGUACGGAAGUGACGACGACGAACUCUAUCGGGGUUCACCGGGGAUCUUGAGCUAUUAAACGAAAACUGAUUUUUGAGGACUUUGAGAUGGGCCAAGAGUGAAUUAUGUAGCGUCUUCUUCAUGUUAGAGUCACGAAACCUUAUUCAUCGUACUCGUUGUUUCAAGAAGAUUUUCCUUACUAAUGAGUUCAUUUUAGACCGAACCUGUUAUAAGGCUAAAAUUUGCCAGUUAGGCCCUCUCUAUACAAGAUCCUGUUUAGCCUAAUAUUUGAAACAGGUUCUUAUUUUCUAAAAUCUAUAAAAAAAAAUACUUUACAUAUGGGCAAAUUAGAUAACUCAACAUUCAGGAUCCUGUUUGGAGACAUAGAUGCCUUAUCACUCUAACAGCUCUAGCUGAAUACUACUUUAAAAUACUCUUGACUACAACAUAUUUUUUUCUUCAGAAAAUAAGAACCUAACCUAAACAGCCUAAAUUUUGUGCUAAUUACCACUUAUGUAAGAACCUGUUUAGGCUAACUUGGGAAAAUGCAAGUUCUUACUCGCAGGUUUUAACUGUACCUUUAAUUUACUCUAAUUGGUUUCUUCCUUGUCUCUGCAGCCCAAAGGUUUAGCGGAAGUGGAAACGUACAACCGCGAAGAAGGCACGCUGAUGAGUUUCUGGUAUCCAAUCACUGCCCUGGAGCGACCAACGGCUGGCCUAGCACGAUCAUCAUCGCUGGCUCUGUGUAGUGAAGAUCGCACUCGAGCAGAGGUUUACUGCGAGCUGCUUCAAAACGAGGGUGCUCUAACCCGAAUGUAUUGCAGAGAGGCGCACUCCAGGUUAAGUGAAAAGCAAGCAAAGAACAAGAAGCAGAUAACAGGUUAGGACAACUCCUAAGAAACACAAAACCCUCAAGACUGGAGUAUUGCUAACAAAACCUCCGCGUGUAUAGCUUGUACGCGCCAUGGGUAGCGAAAUAAAAACCAAUUAAAACCACAAAUAUUCGCAUAUUAGUUUUGUUUGUUAGGAAGAAAUCACUUUAAGCAUCGAACCUCGAGUUUAUAAUCUUUAAGAAAGAGAAAAACGUUGUCGUAUCUCUCUUACCGCAAACCACACUUCGACGUCCAGGGCAACCUUUUUUCUGUUAUUUGGCAAUUGGCUAAAUUCUCUUAAUACUGUUUAAUCGCAGACAUUCUGUCCCUCUUGCAAACCCUUGCAACUCAGCUAUUGGCUGAACCACAGGUGGAUGGUACCAUCGUCAUGUCAUCACCCCACUCGGCUCCAGACCCCCGACGCUGCCUCACGGCCAACACCUUGCAGCCCAGUGUACUGUUUUUCCGAGAACCAACAAGUCUAGUUUCUGCGGUUCGUGACCUUUUGUCCGUAACGGUUGAACAGAAUGAAGAGGAAGUACUGAGGAUAGUGAAUACAAUGUGCGAAGUGUUGAAAGAAACUUCUCUGGAGGCAUACCACCGGGAAGUAUCAGUCAAGGCGGGAAACCCGGACGAAGAGGUGCAUAUCCCAGGGGUUGCUGUUACUGUCGUCUCCUGCAGGGAAGAUCCCGGAUGUAUUAACUCUGGGUGAGUAUCUGUUAACAAUGAUCUUCUUUUAUCAUAUAUAUUAUUUUUGUUGAUGAGUGGAUAAGAGAAUUCAUUUUGUAAAAUGCUAAAAAGUCACGUUGACAUAAAAAAAAUGCCCGUGCUCCUAGCGUACCGGUAAAACUGUGUUAAGCAACAGACGAUUUGACACACGCUUCUAACAUCUUCGGGAUGUUGAAAGAAAUAACAAAGAAGCAUCGAAGCUAGUUACUGGACAAUUUACGAUGUCUUCCAACACCAAUCUCAAGGCAACGCGGAAAGCUUUUCAUUCAACUAAUUCAGUUUUGUUUUUCCUGUCACCAUGUUCUCUUUAAUCCUCCGUCAUAUCAGUUUUGAAAUAAAGCCAAACUAAGUCUCCCAGUGUUCGCGUGUUAUUUUCCGUUCCUAUUAUUUUUAUCACAUUUUAUAUUUUUAGGGGCGUAUCUAACCCUCGUGUGACGAUUUCUUGUUACCAUGGAAGCCAGAAACUAAACCAAAAUGGCCAGGAAGCACGGUAUAAAGUAGUUCAGUACCCUAACUCUGAUUCCUACUCGUCAAACAAAGCAAGUCUGUACCCUGACUUGAUGCUACCUUGUAAUCGGCUGCUUUUGCAGUUCUCUACCGCUGCCACCGAAGGGCUUGUGGUGCACUUGGACGGAUUUUCUGCAAAGUUCUUCCUCUCGCUCGUCUUCAUUGAAGUUUUCGUUCAAGUGUACUUGGAAAACGCCGCAGAGUGUUCAAGCAAUUCCGAGAGUAGCUUCAAUAACAACCCGGAAAAUGUCCAGAGCAAACGAAGAUGUUUGACUCUCACGACAGUUGCCUUUAACUUGACAGAUAUUGUCAGCUCGUAUCUUCUGAGAUCAAACUUACCCGCGGUCGUCAAGGAGAUUAUCUACCACCUUCUGGCCCAGCUGAUACGAGCUUGCCAUCAUGUGAAGGCGGAGGCUACUCAACUGCCGUUUCCCGAUAACUGGGCUACAUUUGAUACGUUCCUAUCGCGGUUGUCACCCCUACGCCUUGAGCUGCGGAAGCUCUUAGAAAAAGAGCUGUCGGUCACGAAUACCGCAGCACUGGAUUUCAUUCUUAAUUGUAAUUUUGAGCACAGUGAAUUUUCGUCGUACUUGCAGGCCCUUCUAGGGCUUGUUUCAGCCGUCCAUGAAGUUUCUCCUAGUCGAGGGAAAUCCUUAAGAAGAUUAUCAAUGAAAGCAAUCCAAGAGGCCUUACAGGUAACUUAACCCUUUACAUAUCCCCAUAAGCAAAGCUUUUGCAGUACCUAAGCAAGAAAAAACCUCAAAGAUGAAAUCGAACGACGUGUCAAUGUUGUCCUAACUCCAUUUUCAAGUUAAUUGUUCAAAAUAUUCAGAAUAAACGCUCAAAGAGUGUCAUUACACAGUGUUACGCAAAUAGUUUGGCCGAAAUUGAGUCCAGAGAUGUCGUUAAUAUUUAUUGCUCUAACCGGUCAACGUGCGUAUUCUCCACACUCGUCUCCAGAAAUUUUCUAUGGAUCCCGAUAAGGAGAAUUUUCUAACAAUUGAGACUUUAUUUACUUGGUGAUCCUUUGUGUUUGAUUCAAGGAGGAAUUAGAUGCUGGUCACUCUUGGGGGGUGGGGGUGGGGGGUCAAAGCCAGUUUGUAUACUGUUUCGAAUCCAUUAAACUUUUUUGGCCUCGGUAGUUUGCUGCUAAUAUUAGUUCCUCCUAAUUUCUAGGCUGUGGCGUCUGAUUCAACUGACAGUGAAGUGAGAUCUGCACCUCCACAUAGCGUUGAAAACACGUUUAACUUUGAUCCGGAAGCAGUUACUUCUUCUUCCGCUACGGAGACAGCUUCGUCGUCGGGUUCUCCCUCGCCCAAAUGUUUCGCACGAGUACGGCGAGGGAGCGUGCUACGCAGGAAGCGAGCUUAUGUACACGGUGUUACCUCUCCUACCGAAAGUAUGCCAUGGUUUGAUAAAAUCGUUAGCACCACCCUGCUGUUAAGAAAUCUAAUUCAUGGGGAUCCGCGAGCAUCACCGCUGUUCGCUGAUAGCUUAGCAGCGGUAAUUUCCACUAAGAGUAAUGCUUUGCAGAGGCUUUUAGUCAUCACCAACAUUGCACCGACUCUCACCAAGAAGGAAGCUGUGGAUGCAAUAAAGAAAGCUUGUAGGCCUAGUGGCGGGAUUUAUGAUAACAAGGUUUAUAUUCCCGAACUCCAGUCACGUGUCAGUGCUGAGAAGCCGCGCCCUGAUGUGAACAGCGGUGGAUUGGAUGCGAGGGUUAGAUCAAUGACUGAACUGCUACCAAGUGCUCAGCAGGAUAAACCCGAGAGGAUUCUUGGGUAUGCUGUGGUACAAUUGAAGAGUGCCAGUCAACUGGACCUAGCUCGUCAGGCUAUUGCAUCUAAUAAGACUCUAAAGGAUCCAUCGACUGUUGAACCCGUCGGUGUUGCUAAGGUCAAUGUCGAACUUCUCAUGGAGGGGACUAACGAACUUGCUGCUUUUGCUGUGUUUGAUGAAUUUUUAAAUGCGAAAAUGUUCACCACUGAAUCAGAAAAGACAACAUUCACUGAAUCAGCAAAAGGAGCAGUUGCAGAAAUUUUCGCCAGUUGCGCGCAAGUUGAUGUCGAAGAAAGUAAAUUAAACAGUUCCGAAGCAGUUCACUCAAAUAGCGCUGUGAAUUUUGGUUCUGAUGGCAGUGAUAAGACGAUGGAGCAAACUCAACCUCGGGUCCAGGCUUCUGCACUUUCACAAACUAACGAGGUUUCAAGCGUGGAGUUUGAGAUGACCAACGAUGAAGGAAGUGAAACGAGUUCAAAACAAACCGCUGCUAUUUCACUAUCAGAGACACCACUGACAAAAGACCAAAUCUGUAGUUUGGGGCCCGGAAACCUCCUCAUGUCAUUUCUCAACGCUGUGCGUCACGCAAAGGAAGCGACAACGGAAAUUGUCACGCAACUUUUAAGGGAUCACGGAAGCCCAGUGGAGGAAAGUGAGGAGAGAGUGCUGAAGCUGGAAGGGUUUAUAAACUGGUUGCUGGCCAGAGGCAGCCAGGAUGUCCGCGCCAUUUGGAAGGGUAUUAUAGCUUGUGGAUACGACCUGGAGUUUAACAGGUAAGUACUCGUUAGUCUGUUCUUCUGUAAGGAUGAAAGUGGAAAAACAUGUUCCUUGGAACAAAAAAUAUAAGUUAAGUUUGUUACCAAUGGGGAGCCACUUCGUUUUACUUUAAGCAAGCCUAGUGUCUCAGUUAUUUUAAGCUAGUUAAGUAUGUGGUGCUGCGAAGCACAAGAGGUGAUUUUUUUUAACGCUGGUCUACAUUGGAAAACGUAAUAGCGGAGCUUAAGCUAUACUGUUUCUAGCUAUAGGAAGCAAUCACGAUGGCGACAGGAGUUAAUAAGUCAACAGUAAACUGAAUUUCUUUUUCCAACCAUAAUUCGAUCAUUCCAACGCCUUUCGCAAAAAAGAUGGACAGAGCCUCCUGGAUGAUUGCAAAAUAACGUUACUGUGUCAGGCUAUCCAGUGGUCUUAUGGUCCCUUAGGAUCCGGUUUUUCAAACGUUGGACAGAGCUAUCCAUCGAAUAAAACACUAUCCAGCAGAUAAGUGUUAGGGAAACAGUGAUUUAUCCAGUGAAUAGUGAUAUCCACCUUUUGACCAAUUGAGGCCAGGGGUUAAUUUAAUAGAACUUUUACAGGUGUAAUUCACAAGUGUAGCUAUUGUUUUAGAGUCUGAAAGCAACAGCUACACUUGUAAAUUACAAUUGUAAAAGACCACAGUCCCUUCAAUUCACUGUAUAGGUCACUUGUGCCCGAGGCGCAUUUAGUCAUGGUGUUUAUGAAUAGACCAAUUUCGAUGUAUUAAAAUUCACUCUUGACUACGAGGCUUGGGGAAUAAAACAAAAGAAAUGUAUUAUUCAUUGCCUUACGCCUAAGCCUUACGUGAUCUCUUCUGAUUUAUUCCCCCAAGCCUUGCGGCCAAGUGUGUAUUUUAAUAUAUCGAAAUUGGCCUACUGUGACACAGCGAGUCAGUGUUUAAAUGAGCGUUAUCGGCCUUAAACGAUGCGAUUCAAACAAACUUCAUCUGUUACAGAUGCACACAUUUUCUGCCUUCCGAGAUGAAGUCAGACCAUGCUUCCUGGACUGUGGCUCGAGACCACGCCCUUGUGCGGUACGUGGAUACUCUGUGCCGUACUUGGUCCACAACACCGUGCCGUCUAAUGCCUGAUGAGCUUAUUCUCUCAGACGAAGUUCUUGCCAGCGACGACUUCCAUGUGCUGCAAGGCAAGUUUACUAAGUUGACAUGUAGGGUUUGUUUUUCCUGAUCGUUUCGAGCUCUUUGACUUCGGCUACUCUCCGUAAAGGAAUUCUAGAGAACGCGCGUAAGCCUUCAAGAAAAAUACAUAAAUAAAUGCGCCAGUUUUUUGUUUGUACACACAAAGGGCAGCUUCAAUCUCCUAGGAUCUUAAUAUGCUGUCGAUUUUUGUCGCGUUAGUUACUCCACCUAAAUGGAACUCUUCUCCGUGGCAUGUUUAACGACAGCAUUGUGUGGCUAAUACCCUUCAAAAUACUUGAGUGAUAAGAUAUUUUUUCUUGUCUUAAAGUAGCUAUGCCACCAGGAUAUUGCUGUUUUAGGUGAAUUGUUUUUUUCUUGAAGUCGUGAGACAUUACUUUGUGCUUUUUCCCGUACUUAAAAUGCUCCUGUAGAGUUAUGAAGAAGAUAUCAAACAAGUUUCAUCAGGAAGCAAUGACCAUGAUAUAUUUCUGGUGAUUUUUGCAGGCAUAGUAUUACAACUUGUAAAAGUUGUCGUAACUAUUUAGCUUUCAAUCCAUGUCCAUCCUUGACAUCCGUUCCCCGUUGCAAAAGACGACAGGAAUCAGUUUCAUUGCCUAAAAAUUACAAAACUGGACCAUUGUUUCUGGAUGCGAAAAAAAGUUUGAGCUUUUUUAAAAGACAGCAAAUAACGUGACAUAGCCCCUUGAAGUACUACACGAAACCAACAAUCAACAUUCCAAUCCUUAUAUCUGGAAUCCGAUACCUGCGCAAACCACUAACCAUACAGUAGAACCCCGUUAUCUCGAACUCUGCGGAACUGGAAACGAAAAGCAGUUCGAGUUAUCAAGAUCGAUGGAAUAUCCACUUUGCCAUGUUAAUACUUGAUAGUUUCCAAGUUUUCAGCACUUCAGUGUAUGGUACAGUGCAAAUUUAAUCUAUUUCUUAACGAUAGCACGAUUAUGCAUUUUUAUGGUAAAAUGUCAUCUGUUCGUUACACCAAUGAAAAUCAUAUUGCUGCAGUGUUUGUUCAGAGUGUUUUUACGGAUUAUUCAACAAGAGCAGCUAAUUUGAUUGCAUCCGAGUGGAGUUACAAGAACCAGAAUUCGAGUUACUGGGGUAGAUUUCAGUGAAAUUUUGAUCAAGGGAAAGGAAAUUUAGUUCGAGUUAGCGGGAAAUUCGAGUUAUCCGAGUUUAAGUUAAGCGAAUCAAAAUGACUGACAGGUGGGGUUAAAUCCAAGGGAAAUGGAACUCGAGUUAGCGUGGAGUUCGAAAGGUUCUACUGUAGUUUUCUUACAGCUACAGUUUUUUGUAUUGUUUUCCCAGGACUAUCGCUCCGCAGCGUCAGGAGUCGGUUUGCUUUUCUCAAAGCUUUAAACUCAGAUGUUGAGCGCUUGCUGUUACCAGUGACUGACUUUCGAGCCGCUGACUCGUACAGUCUAAGUACUGCUACUCUACUAAGGGAGGCUCGCGGGCUCCUUUUCUAUCACACCAAGGUAGCGCUAUUGAAUCACGUGCUCAACCACACUGCUCACCGUCGAGCUGAGGACUCGCCGCCUGAAAUUUCUUUGGAUCCAUUGGAAGCAUUAGAAGGUAACUCCAUAGUCGUUUAGAUUUUCGAAAAGGGAAAGAAGGUAGAAAUAUAGCAUCAAGAAAAUCCUCUCAAAAAAAUUUUAUUCUCACAAGCUAUCCAACCAAACCGUGGAAAAGUCUCUAAAUUAGUGUACUUGCAAUGUGCUUCUAUAAACAAUAGGGGUUUCCCAGGAAACACUGGUCCUGUCGUUGACGGUCUAUCACUUUUAGUCUUCAAAACGUCGAUUUGAGUAUUCGAAGAAAACUUUUUUUCCCUACGCAUUUGUUAUGUACACAGUCGAACGUCUGAUAAGCGACCAUCAAAUCUGACAUUUUGGUCGAUCGCUUACGUGAACUUCGACUGUAUUUGGUUUCAGCGGACAAAGUCUCAUCAGCUGGGCCUCAGUUCUGCCAGGCGGCUCGUCAUAUCGCUACUCUCUCAUCAAGCGGACUCAGAGUCAAGGUAGCCACGGGCGGGGAUCCAGUCUUUCCGCUGAGGAUUCAUCUUCAAGGAGAGCAGGUUCUGGGAUCAGGUAAUCUUAACUUCAAAUUGUUUGCCCUCAGAGAGGCAAAAAAUCUACUACAGUUUGAGAGGUCUUUUCAAAUACAGUUUGAUUCAUCAUUAAAUUGCAGUUUAGAAAACAUGCACCUAAACUGCACCCAACUGGAAUGCUUGACCUACAAGAGCAGAAACUCAUGAAUAAUUCAUGAGGAAAAUAGGGACUUAAAGGAGUGUCAACAGGGUUGAAUUUUAUCGUCGUCGCGAGAAUGAGCAGAUCUCCUUUUGAAAUCCUCUAAGGUAAACUUGCUGUUCGUGUUUUGUCAAGAUAGAUCAAACCCUCCUGUCCAUUUAUGAACAUUCCAUUCAAAAUGACAUUGCACCGCAGGAAGAAAUGAGGUUAAUUGAAGUUGCUACGUUUACAUAAUUUACUGCUCUUAAAUAUAAAACAUCUGUAUGAAUGAAGGAGUAAGGCUGUCACUGCCUUAUUUGGGCGACUUAUUUCUUUCCCUUUAGGGGGGUCGUUUCGGCACUUCAUGUGGCUUAUGGCUCGUGAACUCCAAGGUAGCCAUGUUGGAUUACUAGUUCCAUGCCCUAGCUCUGCUGCGAACAAGAAUAAGGUACGUUUUGCGUGGACCCUUACUGGUUACUAAUCCCCUAGAUUAAUUUCGGCAGGUUAUGUGAUAUAUUUACGUAUGUGACCAUUCUAAUGCUGGUAAACUUUGACGAACAAUGAUUCCUGUUGUUGGAAUUAUUGGUUCUGGUGCCUGUAAGACGUGUAGAGCGCUUAGGUUCGCAAUGUGUCAGCCACCAGAAUUUUGGCUUUAAAGACCCGUAAUACUGCUUGAUGCGUUAGGAAAGUCCUUUGACUUCAAAGCGCAGCGGUUUAGGCGCCUAACUGCAAAAGCAGAUAUUCACUGUAUUGGGGACGAGGCUUCUGUCAUUAUAAAGAGAAGCAUUGUUAGCUUGCGUUGAAAAUGCUGUCAGCUUUAAUACUUAGUCGUUGCUGUUUGAUUUGUAAUACAGGGAAAAUUUAUAAUGAAGCCAGGGCCCAUGAGUUAUUCGGAGGAGAAGCUGCUGAUAUUCUUUGGACAGGUAAAAGCCUUCUUUUUACCUUACGUACUUACAUCUCCCAUAACAGACUUUAAAUUACAGAGCGUAUGCAAUUGUUGUAGGAUAAAAGGUUGUUGCGGUCAAAAAAUGUGUUAAUAUAUUUUCCUAGUCGCAUGUUAUUUACCGCCAGUCCUUAUUUUCCUCCGGCUUAUGAAACGUUGCAUCGAAUUUAGCAGGCUCCUCUUGUUUCAGUACUCAGUGUCUAUUUUCUUCGUCUUCAACAGCUGUUGGGAAUUGCCUUGAGGUCUGACAUUCCCCUCGCCUUGGAUUUGUUGCCUUCCUUCUGGAAAAGCCUCUUGAACCUGCCGAUAGACUUGCAAGAUGACCUUAGAGAAUGUGAUAUUCUCACCUACAACUACAUACGACGCUUCUCCGAGGUAUCACUUCUACUUUGCUCACAGCGCCGUGUCCGGCGCAUUUCGUAGAAUUUGAAUUGGAUGAAAGUUUCAUACAAAUUGACAUUACGAAUGCCGGUGUUGUUUGGUUGUUUGUUUUUACUGUAUUCCAGAUAUGUGCUUAGUUCUGUAAAAACGAAAUCCCAGAAAGUAGAAGACUUCCGCUCUAUACGGUAUUGCCAAUGCACCAAUAGUUCCUUCCCACUGAUAAUUCCAGUGACCAAUUGUAUACUGGCUGUACGCUUGUGGAGGACGAGUACCAUUAAGGUAGUUACACUUUUCGUUAUAGGUGGAAAGCGUAGAGGAGUUUCAGACGAUAUGCUUUGAAGCAGAUCUGUGUCCGUACAGAUUUGUUUACACCUCUAUUGACGGCGAGGAGAUAGAGCUUUGCGAUAAUGGGGCUAAUAUACCCGUGACGUGAGUAUUUACUCCUGUUGAAUUAUACUCCACUCGUCUGUAAGCUACCAGAGUUGUGUUUUUCUUUUGAAGGCUGGCAACUUGGGUUCGUGCAGUUUUGACGAGUUCUCAAUCCUUAACAUGUUCUGUAGGUUUCUGUUAUGUCUCGUAACUCGUGUCUUUUUGUUAGAUGGGAGAAUCACAAGUCGUAUGUGGAGGCCAUCAGGGAGCUACGAUUAAGGGAGCUCCGGUGUGAGUCCAGGAUGGCUGCCGUGCGCUGUGGUUUAUCGUCAGUGGUUCCACUGCACGUGCUCAUGGUCAUGACACCGCUGGAUAUGGAAAUUCGCACCUGUGGUUUGCCAUCUGUCGACCUGGGAUUCCUCAAGGUUCGUCACUUUUACCCCUCAUGAUAACUUCGAGGAUAAUGAAUUUACUUGCAGAAACGUUACAGGAAUUACUUGACUUACAGGCCUUUUUAAUUCCAGUUCCGGGAGAGUAGCUGCCGUCCACCCUAUUGAUUCCUUGUAGUCCUUCUACCCCUUAUGUGCAUUCAGAACUGCUGUCUCGUGGCGCCGACAGAUCCCUCGUUGUAAGAACAGACUCAUUUAAGUAUCCUCCGCAAAUGAAAACCACUGGUAUUACUUUCUCUUAUCUUUAAAUCAGGCCCAUACUGCGUACGUUGCUGGGGUUAAAGAUACAGACACACACAUCGAGUUCUUCUGGAAUUCUAUGGAAAACUUUUCUCAGGUAUGGACAGUCCUUGUUGUCUUAGUUACACGGCACAUUCGGCUGAAGACAAAAAUAAAGCUUGUAAAGACCGGUACAGUUGAUUUUUUAAAAACAGUCACUAUAUUUUGACUCAAGAUCUUAUUUCUCAAAGAGAGAUGUAUACAUCCUUUUUUGACUGUUUUCGCGACAGGUAACCAGUUCUAGCUGUAAUACUGUCGCGUCGAGCCACCUUACGUUGAAGUCCCCUGCGUAGCGCGUCCGCACACCGAGGCACAAACCAAGUAGAACCAUUUCAGUGUCCUGAAAAAAGUAUCAUUUUGACAAGUUGUUCUUUGGUUUUCAGGAUCAGCUUAGGAAGUUUGUGAAGUUUGCAUGCAACCAGGAGCGUUUACCAAGCCGUUGCACGUGUCAAGAUGGUAAUCCAAACACAGUUGAUGUUCACGUGCCACCUUACCCGAUGAAGAUUGGACCGCCAGACGGAAGAGGUAACUAAUAACACGACAUUGGCACACCUUGUUGUCAAGUGUAAUAAAAAUUCGGGCAAUCCAAGCGGAUGGAGAACGUCUUUAUACCCGCUGUCCAAUUUUGCAACAAUUGAUGCAUAUUAUUUAGAGAAGCUGUGAGAUCUCCCAAAUACGCGUCUUGCUUACUUUGCGUUUUUUUAAAGCGUGCGCAAUGCGUAGUAGAAGAAUGAUGAUUCUGUUCGGCGCGACAGAGCGGUGGUUUGAGAGAAACGUUUGCAGCCUUCCUACCACCUUGAUCCUCAAGAACAAUCUUCCUUUGCCUCUCUCUAACCAUUAUCGAUCAUUACAGAGUACUUUAAAGUACAGAAAACAGGACAAAAUGCUUGUAACCGAAGGGCAUCAUCUCGUUUUUGCUUGGCUUCUUGACUUGCGCACUAAGUGUUGCACAAUAUUACAGCAAAGUGACAACAGGAAAAUUUGAAAUUUCAGGUCCUUCUGACGCGCGCUACAUCCGCGUGGAAACUUGUAUGUUCAUGGUGAAGCUUCCACAAUACUCCACGCAAGAAAUAAUGACAGAAAAACUGUUAUACGCUGUCAACUGCCGCGAAGAUCCACUGACGGACAUCUCGUGACAUCCAUAAAAAGUCAUGACAGUGGGUUAGCUACUUAAGUUACCGUAACUACAGCUUCGUCGGUUGAAUGCAAUGCUGUGUCUACCAUGCUAAAGUAACAAUUGGUUGAUGUUCGUCAGAAAUCACUGGAUACAAAUCCAGCCUCGCAGUAGAAUUAAAGGAACAAGAAGAAGACAAGUGUAAAGAUCGUUUGGUAUGUUUUUACUAGGUAAAGGUAUUUGGAG